GUUUAAUAGCGCUCUCCCUGUAGUGCUGGAUACACAGCAUGGAUCUCCCCCCACCCCUCUGCAAGCUGAACCGCUGACUGACGUGUCACAUGUUCGACGCCCAUUUUCAGGCACCAGCGUGACGUCACCGCCCGUCCCUUCCCGGCUACCGUCCGCCUGGUUGCCGCGGUGACCGGCUUUGGGCUGGCUCGGGGCCCAGUGACCGGGUCUCUGAGCCAUGGGGCCCAGCACCGUGAACAGGAGCCUGAGCUCCGGCUCUCCCCCGCCUGCCUCCGUCCGCUCCUCUCCCGGCUGCGGGAAUGGGGCCAUGAUGGAGAGCUUCGGCAUCUUCCUGCAGGGCCUGCUGGCUGUCAUGGCUUUCAGCAUCCUAAUGUGUGAGUACAGCCAAUGGGGGGCCCCAGACACCCACCGGGAGCUCUCCGAUCACAGACACAGGGAAAGGGCUGCCCAUGGUAUGUAGCAUUCAUAUGCUUCAGGGAGGACCGCUUCGUCGGUAAUAUAAAAAGUCACCCAGACAUGCACCAUAUGAAUGCUGUAUACCACGGGGCAGCCGGGUUCAGGUACUUUCUAGCAGCAUGGCUUAUAGUGAUGGGUGUGUAGGGAAGCAUGAUGGAGCUGACACCCCGGGAUAAACAGUGAAUGAGGGGGUUAGAGAGGUGAAAAUAUCUUAACAAUACUGAUAGCUGGCAUAUGACUACUGAUAGAACACAGUUGGUUCUAUUUACAGAGUGUUCUAAGAGUUGCCAGGUGUUCUAUGUGAAAUGUUUGUGGGGAAAUUAUGUAUUUGAGCUGCAUGUUGGGCUGCUUUAACCUGGGGGCAAUAUGCCAAGCGGGCUAUAGAAAUCACUAAAUUCUGAAUUGAUUUCUAAAUUGUAAAACCUGGGGUAAUAUAAGAGAAGAUGCACGGGGCUAUAGUUUAAGUUGGAGAUUUUUAUUUUAUUUAUUUUUUUCUCCAAAUUCGCUUUGCAGUUUGGAAUUUAAAUAGCUACAGUUAUGUUUCUACUGAAUAAGCUUUAAUGUGUAAUAUCAAGUGUCUUUUUCAAAACUGCAGAUAUGUUCGUAAAACUUUUGCAUAGACCGCAACUGAUGAUGGGUGCAGAAAAAUUAAUUUACGAAGGCAAAAUCCGUUGUGUGUGUGUGUGUAUAUGUAUAUAUUUAUAAAAUCUGUGUUUAAUUCUUUAUGUAGCUUUUGAUUAGAUAUUGCACAGCUGUGUGUAAAAUUCUGUUUUGAAGGAUUUAGACGCCUCUAUGUCUUCCAAUUUUUUUUUAGGAUUUACAAAAUAAAAUCCAUUAUCCUUACUUAUCGAUGUGCCUUAGAAUGUUUUAGAUCAUGGAAAUACAGUACAGUAAAUAUUAUUGUACUUUUUUAUGUGUUUUCAAUGGAAAGAGGCAAGAUUAUUACGGUUAGGUAAAGAUAUUGGCAGUCAAAUGCAAUGCUAAUGAUUGUUGAGUUUUAUGUAGCUUGCACACUUAUGCAAUUUAUUUUAUUAAUGUGCUUAAGACUAAAAACCGCUUAACCCCCAGGAAUUGACUCUAGUGGCAGUCUUAGUCCUGCAAGGAAAUUAUUUCAGUUUCUCUAAAACUGCAUUGGUUUACAUUGCAGGACUAAGAGGGACAGGGACAUUGCACCUAGACAACUUCAAUGAGCUGAAGUAGUCUGGGUGCCUAUAGUGUGUUUUUUUUUUUUUUUUAUUAAAUCAGAACAUAAAGGUUCUCUUACUGAGAUCCAAAAGAGGAUGUUGAAUUUCUACUGCAUUAGGCACAAAUGCGCCUGUAAAUUUUGAAACCCUUUUUUAGAGAUUAAAUUUUUUCUCCUGCCAUUUUUUUCCUUGACUUGUACCUUUUGCUGGAAUGCAGUGGUUCGAUUUGUGAAGUGUUAAUGCUUGUAUUUGAGCUAAAAGAUUUUUCUCACAAGUUGCCCUUGUAUAGAAGCAGCUGGUGUUUGCUUGUUAGGUAAGGCGCAGCUCUUUGCUGAGUUGUCACAGCUGGAUGGAAACUCCAAGGUUUCCUCAGUCAUCUUUCAUUCUGAGUGACCAUAGCCAUUAACGCUGACUAUUUGUGCAAUGUAAAUGAUGUCAAAAUAUUGGCUUGCUUAGGAAUUUGAUGCAGGUUGGUGAGGGAAGUGCACAUGUAAUUUUAAUAUUAUUCCUAAGGUCUUUUAAUUAUUUAGGACAUAGAAAUUUGAGCUGCGGCCUGUGCCACACAAGUUAUUUGUUAUGGUAAUAUAACCUUUCUUGUUCCUAAUGGAUCACUGCUGUAUCUUCAGAUACAGCACAUAUUCUUCAAGUACAUUUUACUUUACUACUUCAGGGUUCUCUUAUGUAAGCUAAGAUGUGUGUAGUACCUCAUUAAAAUUUGCUUAUAUAAGCAUACAUUGACUUCCUGAAUGAUCAAUGUAUUUUAGGGCUGCUUCAGACUCUACAUAACAUUUCGGAAAUUCACUGUAAGUGUGCAUGUAAGCCUCUUGUGUGCACUGAACAGUAAAACCAAACAAUGAAGAAGAAGAAGAAGAAGAAAAAACACUGAGGUUUACUUCUAGUUUCCUCUGCAAAGAAUAAAACCUGUUCUAUAUUAAGCUAUUGGCAAAUAGUUUACAGCAGUGUGCUUUGACUGAACCAGCCUGAUUAAAGUCAGCAUCAGACACAUUGCUUUUUAAAGCCUUGCCGUUAUUUUAUUUAAAGGAACACUAUAGUCACCAGAACAACUACAGCUUAUUUUAUUUGUUCUGGUAAGUAUAACCAUUCCCUGCUUUUUGCAAUAAACACUGUGUUUUCAGAGAAUAUGCAAUGUUUACAUUAAAGCCUAGGGACACCUCCACUGGCGGCCACUCAGAUGGCUAUUAGAGGUGCUUCCUGGGUCAGUGCUGCACAGUGUGCUGCACUGCCAGUCAGUGUCUCCACCCUCUGCAUGCAGAUGCUAAACUUUCCUCAUAGAGAUGCAUUGAUUCAAGGAGAUGCUGAUUGACCAGGGCUGUUUUUGGCUUGUGCUGGCUCUGACCCACAUCUGCAUCCUUGACUGUCUCAGCUAAUCCAAUGUGAAAUCAUUAUGAUUGGAUCAGUCCACCAUUUCUGAUGAUGUCUGCCAAGCUUUUGCUAUAUUUAGGGGAGUAAGGGGGCUAGAUGGUGUUCUUAACACUAUAUACUUUCAUUGGUACCUGUUCACUGGGGCCAGUUCCUACAUGAUGUAUUGGAUAGUUUGUGUUGCUGCCUUGCUGUCACAAAGAGAAGGACCUGAUUCCUUUACUUGGCCUGUACCUGGUUUGGAGCUGUUAUUUUGUCAUUGUCUUGGUUUUCCAAUAGUCUGCGUGGGCUUUUGCUCUUCUUCAUAGCCUUGUAUCCCGUAUGCUGCAUUCUUGUUAAAAUAUUAGAAUGGAUUGCUUCUUACCAAGUGGGAGGCAUUUUGAAAACUUCUGCUUCCCAUGUUGUUGCACCUUUCUCAAUCUUCAUUGCUACCUAUUUAUUGGUUUGGUAAUUGCAUAUGCUAGAUAUAGUGUCUCUCGUAACAUCCCCCUUUCCCCUCCAAAAGCGCAUUUUAUAAAGAUAUAAUCUUUAUGAAUUGCUCAUAAAGACAGAGUUUAAAUUUCCCUGAAAUUCCAAAGCGGUCAAAAGAUACAAGCUAAGUAGUGACUACUUUGUCUUAAGUAUUUUCCUAAAGUUGACAAAAAGGCGGAACUAGUGCGGUUAAGCCCCCAGUCAAUCCUGGUGAUGGCUAAGAAGAAAUAGCUUCGUCUAUGGAGACUCCCGCGGUCUAGUGGAAUCCUCUGUAGACAUCAUGGACACGACAACUGGCACAAGUUGGCAGCAGCCAUGAGGGACAGGUUCAGGUAGCCAAAUAAACCUUCUCCCGCACCCCUGAGCCACCACAAGCCAAGCAGCAAUGUCACCACCGGGGCCUUAGCAAAAUAUGCAAAGACCCCAGAAGGUGUCAAGCUACACUUCUACCCGAUUAAUUUAACCAACCAAGUACAUGUUUUCCUGUCAUACUUAUUUGUUGCAUUGACAUUACUCAUGAUAACUGUGUGAUAAACUAUGUUCUCUGCUUCCUUUCUGUGUGUCAGAAUAGGUAAGGGCAAGUUUAAAUAUUUAUUUCAAGGGACAUCACUUGACAAUUAUUUUUAAAAAUCAUCAAGCAAACUCUUUUAACCCCUUAAGGACACAUGACGUGUGACAUGUCAUGAUUCCCUUUUAUUCCAGAAGUUUGGUCCUUAAGGGGUUAAACAAAUCUACAAACCAAAAUAAAGCAAAAAAGGCUUUCAAAAGUGUAUAAUAAACAUUGAUAAAUUUACUAUAAACUUGGUCAGAUUAUUACCUUGUUGGCCACACCUCUCAUCUAGGGAAGUUUUUUCAGCCUCUCGCCCCAGCUCCACUUAAGACCAGUCCACUAGUGACAGAAACAGGCCAUCCUUGAGAGAGAGAAACCCAACACACUCCUGGUCUGUAUAAUCACACUGAUCAGACUCCCUCUCUGUUCCCCAGUCAGAUGCUGCAAGAAGAACAGCUCUUCCAACUGUACAUGUGUAAAUCUGUUGUGCAUAUACUUUUAAAGCAUUCCUACUGAUAGGAUAUUAUUUGGUUAUAAAUCAGUGUCCACCAUGGAGUGGGUUUGGAAAGCAUAGGAAAAAAGAAGCAGGUAUAUAUGAAAAAGUCAUGUACCUGCUUUUUUUCAGCCUGUAGAGUGAGGCAAUUGUCUCAUUCAAAGUUAUAGAUUGUGAAUGAGACAGUUGUCUCAGUGAUGCAUGUCCCUUUAAGAAAUUAGAGUGAAGUGUAUAUCAAAGUAUGCCCUCCAGCAUAGGUGUACUGUUAUUGGAAAGAAAUCUAUAUCAUAUUUCAAUUAUUUUCACUGCUAUUAUGGUGAUAUGUCAUCCUGAUAGUGACAGAUUUAAUCAGCAUGGUGUUUCCUUAAAACGUUUUUUUUGUUUGUUUUAGUUUUUUUAAAUCUAUGCAGAAUUUACUUUCCAUUAUGUUACUUUCUUACAGGGUUAUUCACUUAAAGGACCACUCUAGGCACCCAGACCACUUCAGCUUAAUGAAGUGGUCUGGGUGCCAGGUCCAGCUAGGGUUAACCCAUUUUUUCAUAAACAUAGCAGUUUCAGAGAAACUGCUAUGUUUAUGAAUGGGUUAAGCCUUCCCCCUAUUCCUCUAGUGGCUGUCUCAUUGACAGCCACUAGAGGCGCUUGCGUGCUUCUCACUGUGAUUUUCACAGUGAGAGCACGCAAGCGUCCAUAGGAAAGCAUUGUAAAUGCUUUCCUAUGCGACGGGCUGAAUGCGCGCGCAGCUCUUGCCGCGCGUGCGCAUUCAGUCCAGGAGGAGGAGAAGAGGAGGAGAGGAAGCAGAGAGCUCCCCGCCCAGUGCUGGAAAAAGGUAAGUUUUUAACCCUUUCCCCUUUCCAGAGCCGGGCGGGAGGGGGACCCUGAGGGUGGGGGCACCCUCAGGGCACUAUAGUGCCAGGAAAACGAAUAUGUUUUCCUGGCACUAUAGUGGUCCUUUAAGUGAGAAUUCAAAAUUAAUUUCAGACUAUACAAGUUACUCCAAGCACCAUGAUUUAUGUGCAGUGUUUUCCUUUUAAAUGCUGCCCAUACAGAGAUUAACCUCUUUGCGGCCAGAGGUGUUACUCCUUUGGUGUAAGUCAUCAGGCUGGCCAAUGUCAUUUAUGCCCAAUUUUGGCGUCUGAUGCCAGACAGCCAAUGGCAGUCUGCUCAACUCUUUAGUGCUGCCCCUGUCCUCUCCUCAGUCUAUCCUCCCUGACACCCCAGGCUGCGGGGCAAAGGAAAUGAGGUAAGGUUUUAAAGGAACAAUAUACAAAACAGCUUUGCGUCAAUCAGCAUGCAUUGAAUCAGUGCAUCUCUAUGGUAAACGUCAUUGUCUUCAUGCAGAGGGUGGAAAUGCUGAAUGCUAUGACUAGAAAGCACCUCUAGUGGCCGUCUGAAUGACUUCCGCUACAGGUGUUACUAGGCACCAAUAGAAACACUGAAAAGGCAAUGAUUACAGUGCUAAGACUGGAGGGACAAAGCUUUAGUGACUCCGGUGACGAUAUUGUCCAUUUUUAAGUCUUUUAUUUAAUUUAUUUUUUUCUUGUGUGCUUUUUUUGCAUUUGGUCAUGGGCGUAGAAGCACAAAAGAGGUUUCUACUACUACAGAAUUUCAAAUUUAAGGCCAAAAUAGCUGGUAAUGUAGCUGAAUUAGAUAAUUUUUCCAUUUCAGCUAUUUGGGCCUUAAAUUUGAAAUGAAUUCUCACUUUAGUGAAAAACCCAGUUAGUAUUAUUUAUACAAUAAGUGUUGCGUGUUGGGAAAUUAAUAUUUAUGAAUAUAUAUUUCUGUUAGUUUCAUAUUUAUUGUGUGUUGUUAUUGUAAAUUGAUAUCGGACUGGUAAUGGAAGGAAAAUUGCUGUAACACAAAAGAACAAGUAGCAGUGUAAUCAGAGUAGAUAAGAUAAAGGUUGUUAAAUAGUACUUGUGGCCACUAUUAUGGUUAUUACUUGUUAAAGGUAUAUACCACAUUUUAAAAAUACACUUUUUAUUUUAAUGAAUUAAAACAAUUCAUCAUAAUGCACUUAAAGCUUUAUGGUUUUAUAUUAUGACCAAUAUUAAUGUAGUUAUCAUGUGUUUGACGAAUUAUAUAUUGCUUCGAUAUGGGAGAUGUUUGAUGCCUUAUGGUAUAUAUUCUGUUUUGGUAAUGUACCAGUGAUUUAUUGCUACUAUCAAAAUGUAACGUUGCAUAUUGUUUUUUGUAUGCCAGCUAGUAUCAUGAGAUCUGGACUCUCCAUGUCAGACUUGUUCUAAUUUGAAAGGCGUGCUUGAAAACAUUUAAUUAAUGCCAAAUUAUAGAGCAUAGAAAACCAAAUUGCAACAUUAGUUAAAUUGGAAAGAAUCUAUAACAUGUAACAACAUGACUAUUUAAGACCACGUGUUGGUAUUUGGCUUUUAUUUCACUGCUGUUAGCGGUUUGAUAAAUAACCCUCAGUUCUCUCUUUUUUACUAUUCACGAUUUACUAUCCAGUGUCUGUAAAUAUGGUAUAUAUGAACAAUGUGUUGGAACGCUAAAUUCAGGGUCUCGCCUUCGUGUUUAUGGGGAGCAGCAGGAGAGCAUUAAAAUGAUGCAUGCACUGGGUUCUCCACCACUUUUUUUUUUUUGUGUGUAAAUAUAAUUUUUAUUGUUUUUCCGUUUUGGGAAAAUGCCAGUUAACAUGUUCAUUGACUGGACUCGCAGGUCCAUCACCUGACAAAAACAAGGGGAAGACCAUCGGUUUUGCGUAGGUAUGUCAUAGUGUGGGCUCGCAGGCCCCAAGCACAAAGAGGACUCGCAGGCCCCAAGCACAAAGAGGACUCGCAGGUCCCAUCAAGACCAUUGUGGCAUUAUGAGGUUUAACAGGUGAUCCACUGUCUUUCUAGUUGUAAGGUGCUGACAACGUUCUGGUCUUAUCUCAUGCCCUCUGGCUACUAUCUGUGUGGCAUGUUUGGCUAUCAGCGUGCCCUGUUCAGUCUAUUCCCUGUUAUGUACCGGGAUCCGUGGUAGGGUGAGAUGCCCCUGUCCCUAGGUGGUCUGCGACAAUUGUGUUUCGUCACCCCCGCUCUACUGAAGUUAAGUUCCUGUCUGUGUAGUGGGCUUCCUCUAUGUGUGCCUCCCAUGUUACCCUUUCUACCGUAGUUCCAGUUGGUCCCUGCCGUCUCGCGGAGAUUGUGGUCUGAGGGUAGGGGUGACUGAGGUGGUAGGGGUAGGCUGUAAUGGGAGAGCGUCUGGGGUCUGUCAUCAUCCAAAGUCUGUAGCAUGUUGGGGUUUGUAUUCUGUCCCUGUUGUUGGGCCUAUGAUUUGUCCAAAAAAUCUGGUUUUGUCGCCUUCAGUAGCCAGUGCAUCCAUAUGUUGAGGUAGGUUUGGUGUGUGUUAUUCGCGGUAGCAUGGAGAUCUUCUAGGGAUUUCAGCUCUUCCAUUUUUGUGAACCAGGUUCUCAAUGGCGGGGUGAUCGGUUGUUUCCAGUGUUGUGGAAUGUUUGUUUUAGCUAUGUUUACUAUGCGUAUUGUCAGUGAUUUCUUAUAGAGGGACCGGGGGACCUUGGUGUGGUAUAGGAGCAUUUCGGCAGGACUAAAUGGGAGUGGGUCGUCCGAGAAUUGCCCUAUUAUUGUGUGUAUUUCCGUCCAGAACGGGACAAUCUUGCUACACUCCCACCAGAUGUGCAGGAGUGUGCCCCUCUCCUCGCCACAUCUCCUCCAGCACGUUGGGGAGUGGUCCGAAAUGUGUGCGUUUAGUAUGGCAGGGGUGCGGUACCAGUGUGUUAGUAGUUUGUAUGCUGUUUCUUGUGUCUUACUGAAGCUGGAGCAAUGGUGCGUGAGGUAGCAGAUUUUUCCCAUUCUGUCUUGUCGAAUGUGCAGCCCAGGGCCGUCUCCCAUUUUCCCACAAAGCUUGGCUGUGCAGUUGGUGUUUGUCAGAAGUGAGGUGUAUAUGAGGGAGACUCCAUGAGUUAGCGGGUCUGGGUUUAAGCAGACUUCUUCAAAGUAUGUGGCGGCUCUUGAUAGAAUCGCCCCCUGUGGGAGCUUUGCGAUGUAGCUCUGGAUCUGUUUGUUUUAGGUGCAUCAAGAGAGUAUGUUCUGUGUCCCCUCUUAAGGCCGUUUGUCGUCUAGACAUGUCUGAGUCUAGGUAAUGGGUCCUGUACUAGUGUUUUGAACGCUUUUGAGUCUAAUCCCGGUGGGAAGUCCGGUUUGUGUGUCAGUGGAAGCAGAGGUGAUGGGUAUGGUGCUAGAUCGUGUCUCCCCUUUGUGCGGUGCCACUCUUGCAAGGUAGCCUUUAUGUAGGGGGAACAUUUCUUCUCUACGCUCCGGGUCCCAGGGGGCAGCCAUGGCAAUACCGCGACUGGAACACCCGCUUCGUUUUUUCCUCCGCUUGUUUCCACUGUUUUUGCACCCCGUGUUAGGUCCAUUCUAUUAUGCGGAGGAAGUGACAGGCCCUGUAGUAGAGGGUGAAGUCUGGCAGUGCCAGGCCGCCCCUAUCUUUUGGUUGUGUUAGUAGAGUUUGUUUGUCUGGGUCGUUUCCCAUUCCAGACGAAUUGUCCGAGGGCUGUGCGGAGCGCAGUGAAGAAUGUGCAUGGGACCGCGAUGGGGAUGGUUUGGAAGAGGUAUAAAAGAUGAGGGAGGAAAUUAUUUUUAACUACUUGUAUCCUACCCAGCCAUGAGAUGUGUGGUUAUGCCCAUUCCUGCAUUUCCAUGUGGAACUUUGCGUGUAUUGAGGUGAAAUUUUCCUUGAAAAGAUCCCCCUCUUUCCGUGUUAGCCAGAUACCUAGGUAUUUGAUUUUGUGUGUGGCUUAUUGGAAUGUGUAGUGUUGGCGUUUUCCACCACUUUUAAUUCUGAUGUUGUGAGAGAUUAAAAAAAAAUAAAAAAAUAAAAAAUCAAUAACUGUUGACAGAUUAAGUGACAUAAGAAAACUGGUAUGAACACUGCUUAUCUAGUAUUGGGUUGUAAUGACACUUAUCAAAAGUGAUUCAACAAUGCAGAAAACCAGAUAAGGACAAUACUCUUUCUAUAUUUUUACAGCUUCUUGAUAAAUGUCACCAAAAGGCAUUCCAGAUACACUGUUUCCACACCAUAUAUUUAACCCUUUGGUGACAACCGCCGUGUUAGUGUAUGGUGAUGCCAUUAAUGGCUUUAAUAACAGCUGUAUUAAAAACUGCUUUAGCUAUCAGAUCUGGCUUAUUGGUAGAUGUCUCAACAACAGUAUACAGGCCCCAAUCCACCCCUGAGGCUAUCUCAGGCAUCUCUUUGGCACUAUGCUACAGCCAUUGCAUGAUCAUUUCCAUAGAGCAGCAUUUGCAAUGUCAAGCCUGAAUAGAGCAUUACCAGAUAUGAAGCUGUUCCAAGGAUCUGAUCUUUGUAACAUAGUUCCUCAACAGACUGAAGCCUCAGGGCUGGUGGAACCCUCUGUACAAGGUUAUUGCUAGUAUGUCUUACAAGUGUGGAAUUCCAUCAGUACACACCAGUUGACCCCUUGCACUGUGGUUGCUUUGCGAAACAAUCACUAAGAUUGCAAUACUUCACUGACUGUAAAGGCAUACAAUCACUCUGCAUAAAAGUGUAAGGUUAGAAGCCACUUUUCGUUUAGAAUUGGGCUUUUAAUAACAUUAACUGUUAAAAUCCGGUUUGAAUUAAUUUAGUGUUGUAAUUUUUUUUAGUUUUAUUGGUGAUUAAAAACAAUAAUAAUGUUAAAAAGGAAGUUGCAUUUUUAUAUUUCGUUAUGCACAUUUUUUAUUUAAUUUUUUUGUCAUGUGGCCGUUGAUAUAAUAUUAAAAAUUGCCAGUGGUCAAGCUGACAAGGAUUGGCUUAUGGCAGCACCAGGCAGCCAUAAUACAGCUUGAGAGGCCACAUAAAAUACAAAUUUGCUGAAUAAACUUUUGUAAAUAGCCAGGUUAAGCUAGAGCUCAGUGGUAGGCAACCUUUGGCCCUCCAGAUGUUAUGAACUACAUAUCCUUUAAUAUCCUUACAGCAGUGCCGGAACUAAUGUUUUUUGAACCCCUCCUCUUGUGAAAGAGUGGCCAAAAGGUAGAUCCCUAUCUGUUAUGUCAGCAGGGGAUCUAUCAUUUGCCCAUCCUUGCUGGGAUGUAUUUGUGAGCAGUGUUGAAUGAAUUAUUGUUACGGAUCACCUGGCACCCCGACUGGGUACAUCCGUUGAAGGAUGCGCUAGCGCUUCCUGAGGACUCCAAGCACUGCAGCAGACACCACAACCACCGAAGCGGAGAAGCAUACGAAUGCUCUCAAGCAUAUGAAUGCUGUAAGCAGCUGAACAGGAAAAGCAUAUAAUCAGCUUACACUCCUGGCAAUCAGCAUACAAUCCAAUUCCCCCAAUAACGAGAUGACACUUCGUUUUGAGGUCAAGCAGAACAUAUACAGGCUGUAUGAAAAAUAAUUAUUGUAAAUGUGUCCCCUAUUCUAUAGUUUAAAACUACUGCACGAUGUCUUUGUCCACCAAAUACCGGCAGGAUGGCACCGUGUAGAAAAGUCCAAACAGUGUCUGUGAGUUAAAAUAGCCACCAUCCAUUGUUCUCACCAUGUGCCUCUGAUACAUGAAAUGGUGGCCACCCAGUAACUCCACAGUAUGUCCCCAGAUGGUUCUUAAAGGGCCAGCAGCAGCAUAAUAAAAUCAAGUAUGCCCACAUCAGUUCCUAGAAGGGCAAUACAUCACAGGGCCAUAGUUGCAGGGCAGGAAGCUGGCAAACAGGCCCCUCCAAAAACCAGUGGCGGGGUUACUUUCGCCACAUAUCACCCCUUUGGGGUGUAGACUAACCAGGUACCUGACCUUCUGUCGGUCAGUGCCUAAGUUAGUCUAACAACCCACCCACAACAGCAAAGUGCAAGAGCAGCCCACCCACAACAAACAGUUACUGCACCUGGGUAUUUCUCUGGGGUGAUGGGGCAACAUGCUGUGGGGACUUGAGGUGAGGGGGGUUCAGGCCAGUCCUGUAACAAGGGGUCAGUAGGGCAGAGGCCAGCUCUUCCGCUGGUAUAGCCUGCAGGACAUCAUGCUCUGGACAAGAGACAAAGGGAGGGCAGAGGCCAACUGCACUCUGCCCAGCUGCCAGCUCUUCUGCUGGGGUGCUUGGGACAUAGUCCGGCUCAGUAGCCAGGGGAACAUGGGGGUCACUGGGGGUUAACAUCUCCUCUGUUAACCCUGGGGCCAAGUUAGGAGUUAGCUGGGUAGGGGAGAAUUGGCUUACUUCCUCCUCCUGAUACUCCUGCGAUGGUAGCUGGGGAUCUGGACAGGCUGUCCAGCAUCCUUUUGGGUCAGGCACAGAGACCACGGUCCCAUCUGCGCCGUCUGAAAGAUUGGUAUCUCCCCUUGGUAGGGUAAGCUGCCGCUGGGGAGAGAGGGUGCUGUGCUCCUCUCCCUGAAUCACAGGCUGCCGCUGGAGAGGGAGACCGACUGUCUCCACUCCUGUAACAUUGUCCUGCUGCUGGAGAAAGAGACCAACUGUCUCUGUUCCUUGUAGGACACACUGCUGCUGGGGGGGAAAGGACAACAGCUUCGGCCCCCUGGAACUCACACUGCCGAUGGGGAGGAAGGACGACACCUUUGGCUUCCUGGAACUCACACUGCCGCUGGGGAGGAAGGACGACACCUUCGGCUUCCUGGAACUCACACUGCCGCUGGGGAGGAAGGAUGGCACCUUUGGCUUCCUGGAACUCACACUGCCGCUGGGAAGGAAGGACGACGCCUUCGGCUCCCUGGAACUUGCACUGCCGCUGGGGCGGAAGGACAGCACCUUCGGCUCCCUGGGACUCACUCUGCCGCUGGGGAGGAAGGACGACACCUUCGGCUCCCUGGGACUCACUCUGCCGCUGGGGAGGAAGGACGACACCUUCGGCUCCCUGGGACUCACUCUGCCGUUGGGGAGGAAGGACGACACCUUCGGCUCCCUGGGACUCACUCUGCCGCUGGGGAGGAAGGACUACACCUUCGGCUCCCUGGGACUCACUCUGCCGCUGGGGAUCUAGGCCGACCACCCAGCAUUCCUGUAGGGCCAGUAGAGAGACCGCAGUCCCAUCUCCACCUGCCAUCUGUGGGUCUUCCCAGGACCAGUCUGUGAGGUCCCUCAACAUUUGCAAGUAAGGACAACUGGCUUCCGCACCCGGUAACUCCGGCUGCUGCUGGGGAUCUGGGCCGGCUGCCCAGCAUCCCGUUGGACCCGGUGGAGAGACCUUGGUCCCAUCUCCACCUGCCUGUUGUGGUUCCUCACAGGACCAGUCUAUGAGGACCCCUACUUCGGGUUCCUCUGGCUGCCUCAGGGGGAAACGGUGAACAUCCUCGAAUGCAGCCUCUCUUUGGCUGCUGUAACACUCCUUCCGCUGAGCAUAUUCUCUCUCUUUCGCCAGCCAGAAUUCUCAGUCCAUCCUUGCGUUUCGCUCGGCUGUGACCUGGUUCCAGAUCGCCUGGAAUAUAUCAUUAUCACCAUACUGGGCCACUCGCUGCCGCACUUCGGCCAGCCAAUCAUCGCCAGAGCCUUCCAUACUUGUCUGCUCCAAGUCGCUGGAUACCUCUGCUCCUAGGGGCGCUGUGUGCUAGCGUUGCCCUAAAUUUGUAACUCCAGUCUCUUCGGGGGCGUGGGUUCGAAUCCCACCGCUACCACCAAUGUAACGGAUCAACUGGCACCCCGACUGGGUACCUCCUUUUAAGGAUGGUCCUAGCGCUUCCUGAGGACUCCAAGCACUGCAGCAGACACCACAACCACCGAACUGGAGAAGCAUACGAAUGCUCUCAAGCAUACGAAUGCUCUAAGCAGCUGAACAGGAAAAGCAUAUAAUCAGCAUACAAUCCAAUUCCCCCAAUAACGAGACAACACUUAGUUUUGAGGUCAAGCAAAACAUAUACAGGCUAUAUGAAAAAUAAUUACUGUUAAAUGUGUCCCCUGUUCUAUAGUUUAAAACUACUGCACGAUGUCUUUGUGCACCAAAUACCGGCGAGAUGGCACCGUGUAGAAAAGUCCAAACAGUGUCUGUGAGUUAAAAUGGCCGCCAUCCAUUGUUCUCACCAUGUGCUUCAUCCAUUGUUCUCACCAUGUGCCUCUGAUACAUGAAAUGGUGGCCACCCAGUAACUCCACAGUAUGUCCCCAGAUGGUUCUUAAAGGGCCAGCAGCAGCAUAAUAAAAUCAAGUAUGUCCACAUCAGUACCUAGAAGGGCAAUACAUCCCAGGGCCAUAGUCACAGGGCAGGAGGCUGGCAAGUAGGCCCCUCCAAAAACCAGUAGCGAGGUUACUUUCGCCACUAUUAUUAUUAUUAUUAUUACGACUGGUAUUUAUAUACCGCCAAUUUAUUCCAUAGCGCUUUACAAUAUUAUCAGGGGGAGAUUUAACAAUAAAUGACUAUUUCAAAAAAUUACAGGAACAAUAGGUUGAAGAGGACCCUGCUCAAACAAGCUUACAGUCUAUAGGAGGUGGGGUGUAAAACACAAUAGCAGUCAAAUAAGGUGGGAGUGAAGCAGAGCUGGAGGAGAGAAUAGAGUGCUGCCCUAUAGGCGAGAGCAAGGGACAGGUACAUGAGGUAGAGGUUACUCUGGGAGGCCUUAAGCUUUCCUAAGAAGAUGGGUUUUAAGGACCUUAUUAGAUGAUUGAAAACUAGGGGAGAGCCUGAUGUUGGUAGGCAGGCUAUUCCAAAGGAAAGGAGCCAGCCACAAGAAGAUCUGCAAGCAUGAGUUGGCCGUGCGGGUGCAAGCAGCGAAAAGACAGAGAAGGGGCAUAACUACGGAUCAGUGAAGAGAACUAGGAGGGGCUAGAAUCAGUCAGUGCUUUAUAGGUGUGGAUUAGUUCCUUGAAUUGUCUCCUAUAUGAUACAGGAAGCCUAUGUAAGGACUGACAGAGGGGUGAAGUGAGACAGGAGAGGAAAAUCAGUCUAGCUGUAGCAUUCAUUACAGACUGAAAUGGGGCAAUACGACUUCUGGGAAGACCUAUUAGGAGAUAGUUACAAUAAUUCAUGCAAGAGAUUACUAGAGCAUGGACAAGCUCCUUAGUAGCAUUUUGCGUAACAAAGGGGUGGUUGCAGGCUAUGCAGGAUUUUGUUAACAGACUGGAUGUGAGGCCAGAAUCAACUAUUACUCCAAGACCGCGCACUUGCAAGGAAGGGCUGAUUUGGGUACUACCAACCUGAAGGGAGAGCGAGAGAGGAGGAUCAUUAUUAGUAGGAGGAAAGACCAGAAGUUACAUUUUAGAGAGAUUGAGUUUCAAAAAGCUGUUUUUUGACAUCCAAUCAGAGGAGGAAGAAAGGCCAGCAGUGACACGUUGCAGAAUGGCAGGGAAGAGGUCUGGGCAGGAUAGGUAUAUUUGGGUGUCCCCGUCCCAUAGUGUUCUUUUCUCCCCCUGUCCCAUAGUGUUCUCUUCUCCCCCUGUCCCAUAGUGUUCUCUUCUCCCCCUGUCCCAUAGUGUUCUCUUCUCCCCCUUCCUCCCCUGUCCCAUAGUGUUCUCUUCUCCCCCUUCGUCCCCUGUCCCAUAGUGUUCUCUUCUCCCCCUUCCUCCCCUGUCCCAUAGUGUUCUCUUCUCCCCCUUCCUCCCCUGUCCCAUAGUGUUCUCUUCUCCCUCUCCUCCCCUGUCCCAUAGUGUUCUCUUCUCCCUCUCCUCCCUUGUCCCAUAGUGUUCUCUUCUCCUCCUGUCCCAUAGUGUUCUCUUCUCCUCCUGUCCCAUAGUGUUCUCUUCUCCUCCUGUCCCAUAGUGUUCUCUUCUCCUCCUGUCCCAUAGUGUUCUCUUCUCCUCCUGUCCCAUAGUGUUCUCUUCUCCUCCUGUCCCAUAGUGUUCUCUUCUCCUCCUGUCCCAUAGUGUUCUCUUCUCCUCCUGUCCCAUAGUGUUCUCUUCUCCUCCUGUCCCAUAGUGUUCUCUUCUCCUCCUGUCCCAUAGUGUUCUCUUCUCCCCCUGUCCCAUAGUCCCAUAGUGUUCUCUUCUCCUCCUGUCCCAUAGUGUUCUUUUCUCCUCCUGUCCCUCCUGUCCCAUAGUGUUCUCUUCUCCUCCUGUCCCAUAGUGUUCUCUUCUCCCCUGUCCCAUAGUGUUCUCUUCUCCCCUGUCCCCUUUGUUUCUUUUUUUUUUUGGAUUUCAGCAAAUUUGACCCGUUUUUGGCCGAAACGUAAGAGGCCCGUUUUCGGCCGAAAAUUUUGUCAGCCGAAAUUUCAGUGCAUCCCUAGUAUUAAAUUUGUGUUUGUAAUAUUUGUUUUAGAUUGUCGGAGUGUUUUUGGUGUUCUGAUGGUGUUUGCUUAGAUUAAUGCACAUAUACUGCCACAUACACAUUAACCCAGAUAAAUACAUAUAAACUCCGAAACGCGCACACCAACACACAAUCUGACAUACAUAGACACAUACAUGUAAUUUUCAUAUUUUUGCAGCCACCCUCCUUUUAGCAUACCUUUUGUGUCCAGGAGGGCGGCUUGCUUCAGCCUGGAUGAGGCUGAUGGGAGUUAGUCUUCAGCAAAGGCUAACUUCCUCGAGCUGUUUUUGCUCCUGCCGUCUCCUCUUCACUCCCUCCUGUGCGUUGCGUUCUUUUUGAAGUUGGAAGGCAGUGAUCACCUGUCACUUUCCAGCAUUGUCCGGAUUACAGGGGCAAGGUCGCACUAAUUAAGGGCCACAGAGCCUAACCGGGCCCAUGUUCAGCAUACAAUACCAAUCUGGUGGCCCUAAGUGUAUGGGCCCCCUGGCGCAGCAGCACCACCAGCUUCAUAAGUGGUAGUUUCGCCACGGUCUUACAGCUAUAAUGCUGGCAAAGCAUCAGGGGAGAUUUAGUUCACAACAUCUGGAGUGCCCAAGAUUGCCUACCCCGCGACUGCUAGAUUCUAGUCUAGGUGCUAUGACCAAUUCAGUAAGAUGAAGCCGUUGCAUUGCCUUCAAUGUCAAUUUAAACUACAUAUGAAACAUCUGUAAACAUGGCAACACUGCAUGCUGAAGUGAAAAUGUAAAUAAUAAAUAAAAAUCACAAAAAAUACAAAUCCUCAAAAUAUUUUUCUAAAUUAACAUGAUAAUACAAAGUCUUGUUUGCUGCACAGAUGGCUAUUUUUAAGAACAAAAGCAACAGCCAUAGGAUUGAUCUGUGGAGUUUAUGUAAUUGACCCUGAACACUGAAAGCAAGAGGAGGGGUCGGGGGGAAGGGAUGUAAUGUAUCAUCUGUAUUUGUUCGUGAAUUAUUCACAUCAUCUUCGAUUCUAAUGGCGACCAGCAGUUUAACCCCUUAAGGACACAUGACGUGUGACAUGCCAGAAGUUUGGUCCUUUAGGGCUUAAAGAUCAGUAAUAAGUUCCUUUGGUCCCUUUUUCAGGCAUGCAAAAGCACAUAAUGGUACUGCAAGCUUGCACUUUAACAUAGCAAGUCAAUUAAAGGAACAUUUUAAGCAACAUAACCACGACAACUCACUGUAGCGGAUACACUGCUAGAAUUUGUAUUCCUAACCCUGUAUUGUUACUUUCCCUGUAUGUAGGCAGGUACCCCCGGUACAAAUAAAUAAAUAAAAACAAAUGAAGAUUACUCGGCUUAUUCUAGCAAUGAAGCUCCCUCUCUGCUACUCACUUCUCCUUUCUGCUUAUGUCCAAAGAGGCCCUGCUCCGCCUCGUGCAAAUUCACACUUUUCCAUAGAGUGUUGAAUCAAUGCUUUUCUAUGGGCCUUCUGUGUCACUGAAAUGAAGUGAUCUGAGGGACUAUAGUGUUCCUUUAAUACUAAACUAUUUAAGAAUGGUUUUGAUAUAAAUCAAGAGUUUUCUUGGCACUGAGUCAUAUUUGACCACAAUGAUAAUUUGUAAAUAACACGUGCUCAAUAUUAGUGUCAAUUUAAUCCAAUCUGAAUGACACUGAUUGGCUUGGAGAACUGUGGGUGGUUAGCACAGUAAUCCUGGUUUGUUGAUUGACACUGAUGAAGCAGAAUGUGUUAAUUCCAUAUAAUCAAUUCUGCCAAGUGGAUGUCAGUCUUUUGGCCGGGAAUACCCUGCAAACUGUGUGCAUAUGUGGAGUCAUGGCAGUUUGUAUUACGUUACAUGACCAUUUCUGUGUAAUUACGGUAAAUGAAAGUUAAAUUACACACAUACAAGCUCAUUAACUAGCAGGCACACAAACACACCCACAAGAUCACUCUCCCUCACUAGCUGCAGUGUAUUUGAAACCUACCUGGCACUGAAGGCUGUGAGAGCACUGGCAGGUGAAGACUCCAUUCUCUGGCCUCUUCCUACCGACGAGGUCAGCGGCUUGAGGCUGGAGCUUGAGUGAGGAGGUAGGACUUAAGAGCAGCGGCGGAGCUUGAGUGCAAGGCAGGAGCGUCACAGAAAGGUUCCUCGAUACAGUGCCUCUCCAGCCGCCGCUGCCUCAAUGGAGCCACACCAGCCCCCGAAGGGAAAUUUAUUUCAAGGCUAUUAGGGCUGCUUGCAGCCCACCGGGAAAUUUCUUGGUAUCCGGGUCGGCCAGUCCAGCCCUGUUCUUAGCCAAUUGCCUUGUCAGUUGUCUACAGUUCCAGAUUUAUUGUAUACCCAAGUUUCAUGUCAGAAUGCAGUAUUUGGCCUGCUCCCUUGGACUUCUUUCCAUUUCUGUGACCUAAAAGAGUUUGGUGCCAUUUUGCCGUCCAUUAAAGUGACCUGGGUUUAAUUUACACAAACAGAUUUUAAUUAUAUCUAUUGCAUAACACCCUACAUUCAAGAUUAUUUGCUUAAUAGAGAACUGAAAUUUUACAGAAGCAUGUGUGCCUUAUAGUACAGACAUUCUUCCAUCAAAAUAUUCCUAUAUUCCACUAUUGUACUGUUUUCGUCUACAUAUCUAAACAAAUUCAAAAGAGGUUUUCAGACCUUCCCAAUCACUAGAACCUCUUUGAACCUUCAUGGGAAAUUCUAGAAUGCAGACUAGGAAUUCGAUUCUGCUUUUUUCAUACUUCAAUUAAAGGCUUUUCUUCGUGAAUUUUGCAGCUUCAUUCUACACAAUUUAGGGUCUGUUCUGAUCUCUCUGACCAUCAGGGUGACACAUUUUCUCUCCAGGUCUUAUUUCUGUGUCUAUGUGAAGCCGUAUUACAAGCAAUAGAUAAUAUCAAAACUAUACUAUUAAAGGUCAAAGGACGAUUCCCCUCAAAACAUUGUCUUCUAAAACUCAUUCCUACAUUCUGUGCGGGGAGGACUAUAGAGACUGUUAUAAAACACUGUCUGACCCAAGUUGCCUUAAUGUGGCUGCAGGCUUCUGUCCUAUUGACUGAGAUCAUCAGAAUGGACUUUCUCAGCCAAUCCAAUGCUUUCCUACAGGAAAGCAUUGGAUUGCCUGAGAUCAUCAAUUCUGUUGUCGGCCAAGAAAGCAGAUCGGGGGCUGGAAUAAAGUUGAGUUUUAACAAUUUUUAAAGGGGACAAGAGGAGGUUAGGGGCUUAAACUGCAUUUUUAACACUAUAGGUACACUAUAAAUACAUAUUUGUGUUCCUGACCCUAUACUGUUCCUUUUAAUUCUCAUAUGUACUACUAUGCAAAAUUCACACAUCAUAAAGCAAACCAGCUUUCCUUUGCUGGAAUUAUCUCUGAUGGCAUUUGGUUGAAUCAACGGUUCCUAAACUGUGUGCCCACAGGGUGCCGCGGAAUAUUUUCCCGGUGCUAUGAUUAUAGCACCGUGGAAACUACUGCUCAACAGGGACCCCGUUGAGUGCCGCGGUCCUUUAAGACCGCGACCUGACCCCUGUUAUGUCGGCCGGUUGGGAGGAAGUGACAGCCUGUCACUUCCUCCCAGCAUCUUGCGGGGAGACAGCACGGGAGGGAGAGGAGCAUGAAGUGCUCCAGACCCCUCACUCCCACAGCAGCAGGACUCCAAGCCACCCUCCUGGCACAUAAGGUAAGCUAGCAGGAGGGUGGCUGGAGAUAUAUAAAUUUUUUUUUAUAUAUAUAUAUAUAUAUUCAUUCUGAGCGGGGACCCACCGAAUGGCAGACUAUUUCAGCUGCUGCCCGUUCUCAGUAUUCUCUUGCGCCCCCGUUUUUUUUUUUUGUGUGUUUUUUUUCCCUCUCUCUCUCUCCCCCAUGUAUCAAUGUUUGUGUGUAUGUGUCGUGUAUGUAUAUGCAUCUGUGUAUUAAUGUGCAUGAAUAUCUGUAUGUAUGUAUGUGCAUACAUCCAAGCAGUCAAACACCAGCACAACAUACAAGCACACUCCUGCAUUCUAACACACAUAUUACAUAAAAGCACACCCCUGCAUUCAAACAAAAAAAUAUACAAACACAAAUGCUUCACACAGAUGUACAUCCACAUUUAAAAGUGAACAUUACAUUCAGACACACCCCUCACAGGGCCCUCAAACCCUCUGUUCCCGUGCGUCCGUUUGUCUGGUUACAAUUACGUGCCUGUUAGUCCCCUCAUUGUACAGCGCUACGGAAUUUUGUUGGCGCUAUAUAAAUAAUAAAAUAAUAAUCACUUACAAACCGCUUUAUUCAAACGCAAUAAAUGUAUACAAGCACUCCUUCAAACCCCAACACUGUACAUUACGCACCAGUAAAUGCGGCAGCGUUGUACAGACAUACAACCUAGAAUUUCUGACUUGGGGCGCUUUGGGAAAAAUAAUGAAAUUUUAAGGGUGCCUUGAACCUAAAAUGUUUGGGAACCACUGGGUAAAUUAUUAUUAAUAUUACUAUUGGCAUUCAUGUAGCGCUAACUUAUUCUGCAGUGCUUUAUAAAUUAAGGGUAUAAAACCUCAAGUAUUGACAAAUAGCAUGUAGUGUUGACGCAGACAACAGGUGAUAACAUGUUAUGACAGAUUCCAUAGUGAGUGUAUCAUUUAUGAUAAAUAUAAACUUGGUCUUAUAUUCAAAUAUUUCUAAAAUGCAUUGCUGCUCACGUAUCGUGUUGGCUGUGAAGGCAAGCAGGAAAACUAUAUGCAGGGAGUUCUCCUUCUCCUUGCCUGUCAGUCAUUCUUUAGCAUACAGUAUAUGCCAAGAAUUGAUUGACAGGCCAGUGAGUCCUUAUUUAAUGGGGGUUUUUCUGUCUAGUAAAUAGAUACCAGUUUUGCACAAUAUAGGUAUUACAUUGUAUGUUUUUUAAUAAGUGAAUAGGUUUUACGUACAUUCUAGGCAUUAACAAUCUUAAAAUUUGUUAAUGCAUAAUCACUCUAAAUGAGAAAUUGAAAUAAAAGAUAACGUGCUCUGCAAAAUAAGCAAAUGACCACUCUCUGUAUAUUUGACCAUCUAAAUCCGUUUACAAAAUUUGAAAUUGAUGAAGUCUUGUUUUUGUAUGUAUAUGUGUGUUUUUAUUUUUCUUCCUUGCUUCAUUAAUUUUUUAGAUGCACAAAGAAAUCACUGAUUGUCUCUAUUGUGUCUUACAGUGAAACGUUUUAGAGAACCAAAGCAUGAAAGACGACCUUGGAGAAUAUGGUAUGUAUUUCAAACAAUUCUGGUUGCUUUUUCCCAUACUGAAUGUGGACACACAAGCCUUUCAGGGUUAAGGUUAAAUAAAUAUUUUGUGGAGUCUUUGAAAUAUUAUUUAUUGUGUAAUGCUCAGUGAUAGCAGGGUAAAUUGUUUCAAAAUAAGGAUAAAAUAUAAAUUUCUGUAACUGUGCAUGCAUAUAAUGUUAAAGGAAUGUCCUGUAUGACUUGCCACUUAAAGGAAAACUAUAGGGUCAGGAACACAAACAUGUAUUCAUGACCCUAUAGUGUUUAACCCACCAUUUAGGUGGCUUGUGCCCCCCUCCCCUUAACCCCACCAUAAAUGUUUAACACGUACGGAUUUUACCGUUUUUGCGCGACUUGGUUUAUUUCAUUUUCAUCUUUUGUACGGAGCAGUCUGUGUUCCGUUUCUCUUAUAUAUUGGUCCACAUAUCGGAUGUCCCUAUAGUCUUACUUGGUUCUCUUUAGAGGCCUUACUACUAUUUAUUUUAGCGGACUCUAUACGUAUGUGCACAUACAAUAUAUAUAUCAUUUUCUAUGAGACUAAGGAACAUAUCCCCAGGUUUUUAAUUCCUCACCUUUAUGUGAUUUUCACUAACACAACUUUCUAUGGUGUUUCUAUCCAGGGUAAGCUUUAUACCUAUUAUAUAUAUUUUCUUUGCUUAAUUUUAGUUCAAUAAAGGUUAUUACCAUUUUCCUUGUUACGUUUACUUUAGGAGGUAAUCUUCUAGAGUGAGAUUGAAUCCCAUUCACUUUUGAGUGAGUGUUUUUUUCUCUCUCACUCUUUCAGUUGGUAGUUAUUUACUUGUUGUGGGGUUAAGCCCCCGUGUUACCUCUUGUAACCUACCUUGGGGUUCUGACGUUGGCUAGUCCAACAUCACCACUCCUAUCUCAUAUUUAUUAAAGUUUAAAACUUGCCUUAUUUCCAGCGCCGUGCGGGUCUGCCAGCGCAGGCUCCGUCCCCUUUGUGACAUCCUCAAAAUGGCUGAUUUUUAGCCAAUCCAAUGGUUUCCCAUAGGAAAACAUUGGAUUGGAUAAAAUCGGCACGAGCGGGGCCAAAUGCAGUUUUGGCCAAUCAGAACCUCCUCAUAGAGAUGCAUUGAAUCAGUGCAUCUCUAUGAGAAAAAUUCAGCAUCGCCAUGCAGAGUGUGGGGACGCUGAACGGCAAGGCUGUUUUUUCGGCAGCAAUGACCCAGGAAGCACCUCCAGUGGCUAUCUAAGGAGUGGACACUUGAAGGUGUCCCUUGAGGCAAUGUAAACACUGUGUUUGCAUGAAAAAAGCCUGAAGGGAACUAUUAUACUCACCAGGACAACUACAUUAACUGUAGUUCUGGUGACUAUAAUGUCCCUUUAACACCCUCCCCCCCAAUAGCAAACUGCAAGAUUCAGUAGAUUGCAUUAUACACUAUUGUCUUGCCCUCACUUUAAAUAAAUAAAUAAAUAUUUAGCUUCCAAAAUCCCAAACCACUUUCAGCUGUGAGAAAUGUCUACAGUGCAUUCCUUUUUAAAUCAUGUUUAUUAAACUUGUUUGCUAACUGGCCAGCAGUGGAUUGGUUUGAAGAGAAUUACAGGCUCCCUGACAAAAUAAUUUAAUGACAUUUCUUUUCAAUGGCUCUUCUGGGUUACUUAGUCACCUCUGUGACUAUCUAAUCUUAAUAGGUACCUAGUUGGGUUUGAUUUAAUGCAUCAUGAUUUGUACUUGCUUUUUUUUUCAAUAUUUGUUGUUUCCUACAAUGGAGAACAUAUCCAAUUCUUAAAGGGACACUGUAGUCUCCAGAACCACUACAGCUUAAUGUAAUUUGUUCUGGUGUCUACAGCCUGUCCCUGUAGGCUUUUCAAUGUAAACACUGCCUAGUUACCCCUCUAGUGGCAGUCACUUAGGCGGCCACUAGGGGUGACUAGACAGUACCUAUGUUCAGCAUAAAAACACUUUCUCCACGCGAUCGGAGGCAGUACAGAUCACACACAUGCACUUACAGACCCAUAUAGAGACACACACACACACACACACACACACAUUUGAGACUGAUACUGACACAACUGACACAGUUGUACAUCUGAUUAUUUUAAAGCAAAAAUGCAUUUGGUGCAGUUGAAGUCUAAUUACUAUGAUUCCUUUCAUAUCCACUAUUUAUAGUGAACAAAUUGCUAUAAAUGCACCUGCUCCCCAUUGCAGUCAUGUAAACGGUAUUCGUAAUAUAGCCGCACUCACUAGCUAAUUUGUGUGGUGAACAGAAGCAAGGUUUUUAUUGCUCAGUAUCUUUCACAGCAGCGACCAAUGUAGUAAUGCUUAUUAAGGUGAACAAAUAAUGAAUUGUUUUUUAGCAUAUUAAGACAAAUUUCUAACUAAACAGCAACUUCAAAACUCACAGAUUUUAUUAGCAGUACACCUAAUCUAGGCAAAAAAUGGCGGUUUAGUUACAUUAUAUGAUCUUACAUUGCAUAAGUCUCUCUCUCUCUCUCUCUCCCUCUCCCUCUCCCUCUCCCUCUCCCUCUCCCUCUCCUCUCCUCCUCUCCCUCUCCCUCCCUCUCUCCCUCUCCCUCCCUCUCCCUCUCCCUCUCCCUCUCCUCUCCCUCUCCCUCUCCUCUCCCUCUCCUCUCCCUCUCCCUCUCCCUCCUCCCUCUCCUCUCCCUCUCCCUCUCCCUCUCCCCUCCCUCCCUCCCUCCCCCUCCCUCCCUCCCUCCCUCCUCCCUCCCUCCCUCCCUCCCUCCCUCCCCAUCGGGACUAUCUUUUGUGUCUGUUAGCAUGUAGUACAUGCUCUAAUUUAUUCCAUUUGAGAAAGUCUUUGACGAAACGCGUUAUGGAAAUUUAAUUAUUGUGUUUGUAAAUAUAUUAAAGUAUUUUUGGUCAUUUGUUUGUGCCAACAAUCUUUUUUUAUAGACACAUAAUACCCCUUUUUUUUACCCUGGCUUUUUAAUUAUUUUUAUUGGUUUUAUAAAAACCCUGAAAAUCCCUGGAAGUUUCCUGCACUUAAAGAAAUCCUAGGUGGGGAUCAAUCCACCCAAGCUGUCAUCACGGAGCAGUUGGUCUGCUCUGGUUUUGUAAGUACAUUUUUUUAUUUUAUCAAUAUUGCUAUACAGUGAGCACUAUUGGCUGUUUUCUUUUAUUUCGAGAAAUUGGACACCUAUCACAGAGAGGAACCCAUCUAUAUCCUAUAAGCGGGGAUUAAACCGCUGUAUGCGCCUUAUUCCAGAGCUAGGACAUUAGCUCUGAUAAAUGUGAGUUUUAUACUAUUAUUUCUUCACAUCCAUAUUAGAACUCUACAUACUACACUAUUGGUUGUCGUCCUCUUUCUUUUUAUUUUUCAUAUAAGUGGACUCACUACAAAGUAGAAGACGUCAUCAGCAAAGAUUAUCUGUAAGGACAAUACAGUUGGACUUUUCCUUGUAAUUGGACUUUAUUUUAAUUUUUUAAUUUUAUUUGUGUGCGCAGCCUUUUAUUAUUUUGUUUUUAUUUUAUCUAACUUAAAAGGGUCUGAGGGAUCCCCUUUUAAAGGUUGCUGCUUAUAAGUUAUUUAGCGCUGUCUUUUUCUUUUCCUUGUUAACAUGCCUAAUGUUGCAAGCAGAGUAGGCACCUGCUUUCCCCACAUUGCAGGUGCCUACACUGCUAUCAUUUACCCGGCCGGGGAGGAAGGGACGGUGGAAGCAGCGAGGGAGCGCGCCCCGACUGAAGUGAAGCUGGGCGUCGGAAUAUGACUUCAUAUUUCGGCACCCGGCAUCACUAAACUGCGCGCGGAAGCAGUGAGGAGCAGGAAGGAUCCCAGGGAGAUGCUCCAAAAGGUAAGGGACAAUAAAGAAAAGUAUGUGUGUGAGAGUGUGUGUGUGUCUGUCUGUGUGUCUGUCUGUGUGUCUGUCUGUCUGUGUCUGUGAGUGAGUGUGUGUCAAUGUGUGUGUGUGUGUGUGUGCGGCCCACAUAAACUUAAACCACUUUUGAGUUUGACAUGCUUGAUUAGAGGGACAUUUGUGAAUAGGCCUGCUAAAUAUCAUUAUAAUACACUUUCAUUAAAAUACAUUAGUAUUGCUUACAUCAAUGAAUAAAAGCUAUGGUGGCAUGUGGCUUAUUAAUUGAUCUUGUAUUAAUCUAUUUUGAUGGUAAGAAAAUUCUAACUCUAGGAUAUAUUGCACAUUGCUGCUGACUUAGCCAUUUUAGUAGGAGUUUCUGCACAGUGUAAGAUCGUGGCAGCUAGACCAUUUAUACAUAGAUUUUUGCCCAGAAAUUCCAGUAAGAAUGAUGCUUUCUAUUCUGUAAUUUUCAGGCCUCGUGUUAAAUUUCAGGCUUGGCUCAAUGAGUAUAAUUUAUUGAUAUCAUGGUUGUCUUUUGACUAGUAUGUCUUAGUGCAUUGACAUCCAGUGCUUGUUCUGGCAGAUUACUUAAUGAAUCAGCAAUGUAUAGCUUAUCUCCCUGGCAGUAAAUUGCUCAUAAAUGAUCCUGCUCUAAGUGUAAACACUCCUGUCUUCCUCCCUUCCCUCCUGCUAUUUUCUUGUUUGUGGCCUUGCAAAGAGAGUACAUGGCUAUUGCUCAGGGAAAACGUAUUCCACUCAGAUUAUUUUUCUAUUUUAGAAGGAGGUAAUAUGGUUUAAGUGCCCACAAAUGGAGUCUGAUGAUGUUGUUUAUUGAGUUUUAAAUAGCAAAGAAAACUAUGGGAAAUUCUGAGCAAAUGCAUUUUUAAAAUGAAACCAUGCAAAGACCAUUAAAUGUGCUGCAGGAAAAAAAGGGUGUGGCGGACCAAAACUGCAAAUGUCUUCUUCUAAACUGCAAGUGAUUAACGUUAUACUGUCUGCUUCCAACUUCAGCAUGUUCUACUGGUUUUCAACCCUAUUGGAGACUUGGUUAUGUAUUUAUUGGCAGCACUGUGGAAUGUGCUAAACACACAAAAUGAGACGGCAAACUUCACAUUCAUAUUUUCUAGUUGGGGCUUAUUCACCAUCUGAUUUAGGUACACCAAUAGUAUUAUGGAAACUUGCAUAACUGUAUCAUUUUAAAUAGUAUGAAUAUCCUUUUCAAUUUCCUUUAGACCUGGCAACCUGUGCAUACUUAUCUUUGCUAAUCCUCCAAUACUUAAAGGGACAUUAUAGGCACCCGUACCACUUCAUCCUUUUGAAGUAGUCUGGGUGCAUUGUCCCUGUCCCUCUUAGUUCAGCAACAUUGCAGUUUUUGAGAAACUCUUUACUUUGCAGUUCUAAAACAGCUUCUAGGGGCUGUCUACCAGACACCCACUAGAGGCACCUCCAGGAGUUUACCAAACUUGCUUUUUUUUUUUAAACCCUACCACUAAAUUUUGCACUAACUUUCCACCCACUCCAGCUAAUUAAACCACCAAUUUAAAUUUAAUAAAAUUAAAAUAAUUUACCGUAUGCGUGGAAGAGAAGUAGCGUACCAAGGAUAGGGCUGGGAUAAGUGUCAAAUAUAGAGAAAAUCUUUAUAGGUCCAGACAAAGAGAAAUAUCAUAUAUGGAAAACAAAUUUUAUUGAGAAAAAAAAAACUACUAAAAUUGCACAGUGGCAAGACAAAUACAAUGGUGCUCAUGUAUUGUGAACAAACCCAAAAGUGAUAAAAUAAAAAUGAUCAAAACGAUAUAUCAAGAAUAGGAAUACGAUAGGUGUAAAUAAGUAAACACCAACUGGUCUGAUCUGAUAUCACUUCCUCUAUGUGCUGCAAUGCAUAAAUUGAGGAUUGUCCUUCACCACCUUUUUGUAUUAGUAGGUAUCUGAAGUUUCACUGGGACUCCUGAUAGGCCAGAGCCUGUUUGGCUCUAGCAGCCUUGAGUGCCGUGCAUGGCACUAGUGCCGUAGGUUGCUGAAUGUGCAUGCGUGGCAAGAGCCGCUUGCACAUCCAAUCAGUCCAAAGGAAAGCAUUUCUCAAUGCUUUCCUAUGGACGUCAGCGUCUUCUCACUGUGAUUUUCACAAUGAGAAGCGCAGAAGUGACUCUAGCGCCUGUCAAUGAUACAGCCACUAGAGGCUGGAUUAACCCUAUUGUAAACAUAGCAGUUUCUCUGAAACUGCUAUGUGUACAGCUUCAGGGUUAACCCUAGAUGGACCUGGCACCCAGACCACUUCAUUGAGCUGAAGUGGUCUGGGUGCCUAUAGUGGUCCUUUAAUACAGUGGCCCCUCCCUAAAAUUAAUACACUGCCCACUCCCUCAAAUUAAAACAAUGUCCCCUCUCCCCAAUUUAACACACUACACAGUCCGUCAAGCCCCUCUUCCCCUACAUUAAAAUAAGCCGCCCUUCCUCCAGAUGCUCGUUUGGCACUGCGAGCAGGAGGGAAGGGGGAGUGGCUGGCCUGCAGGAGCAUGCGAUUGAUCAUGGGAGGGAAGACCAGAAUGAGACAGGAAAUAUCUUUGCAGCCACAACACAAUGUGACCCCAGGGCAAGUGGGCCGCAAAUGUAUUCAUUGUGGGCCGCAAGUUUGACAUGCUUGAUCUAAAUGUUACUUUCCUGUGGAUUGAGGAUGUAUUCAUUGCCACCCUUGAACCAAUAAUUAUCUGAAACCUGGAGAUUCCAGAGCGUUCUUAACUAAAUUGUGAACUGCCAGGAUUUUAAAAUGUAAGCCCAUAAUAGCUGAGCUGUAAAAAAUUCUAAAAUCCUAAGUUGGAGAAUUUUUCCAGUUUGGGAUUUUGUUGUACAAUUGUAAUUCCCUUGUGAACUCCCAUGAAUUCAUGCGGUCCGUCAUGCUGGGGAAGCACUUGCGCUACAUUUACCCCCAAAUCGCGACGAUUGCGGGGUUCACGUCCCUGCGGCUGUGAUCGCUCUGACAGGCUGUCAGAGUGAGCACGUGCUGCAGGGACUCCUGGUCCGCCUCCCUGCGCUUCCGCGUUCUGUGUGAAGUGCAGGGAAAUGGAUCAGCAGUGAUUCUCCCUGCAACAAAACAAAAGUUAAAGUUAAAUCCCACCCCCAGAUCAUAUUUUACUAUGAUCUGAUAUUUUAUUUUAUUUUUUUCAAAUGUUUAACCCCGGAGGGUUAAAUUUAAUUUUUUUUUUUUUUUUUUUAACCCACAGGGGUUGAAGUUAUUUUAUUAAGAUAUUUUAAAAUUUAUAUAAUGUAGCUAGCUGGGGUGCGUGGGUGUUAGUGGAGAAUUGGGGAAUUAGGCUAGCUAGGGGUUAAUGUUAAAAAAAAAAAAAAAAAGUUUUAAUAACCUUUAAAAAAGGUUUUUUUUAAAAUCCCACCUUUACCCAGUCCUAAUAAGAAUUAACCCCUUCCCUGUCAGUUGAUUGCUUCGUACGGUGAUCACCGUAUAAUACUGUGAUCUGUAUUUUGAUCUGAUUUUUCUUUUUUAACCCCUGACUGUUAACUUUUAUUAUUUUUUAACCCUUAGGGGUUCAAUUUAAUUAAUUUAAAUAUUUUAAAAAUUUUAUAUUUUGCUAGAUGGGGUUGGUGGGAGUUAUGGGAAAUUUGUGAAUUUACUGUUAGUGCUGCUUACUGCUAGUUAGGGGUUAAUGGUAAAAAAAAGUUUAUAACCAUUUUGAAAGUGUAAAAAAAGUUUGAAGAAAGUUUAAAAAAGUAAAAACAAUUUAAUGAGUAAACAAAAGUUUAAAAACUAGUUUUAAAAAGUAAACAAACUUUAAAAAAGUUUUUAAAAAAUACAUUAAAAAUGCUCAUUACCACUAAACCAGGAACACACUAGCAAAAAAUGAUCCCACGCGAAGGUUCAAAAUAUGUCUUUUGAAUUACCCUGGGGUGUAUUGUUUAAUAAUAGUAUGUGUUUGUGGGCAAGUUUGAAUAACCAACCAGCUAAACUACUCCGAAAUGAAACUUGGAUACAGCGUAAAACUUCAAAAGUUAGAAAAAAAAACUGAAUGGCUGCAUCUCAAAUGUGCCCCUUCAGCAUCCACAUAUACCUGGCAACGGUACACACGGGGGUAUUGUACUCAAAUGACAUAGCUGAGCAACAUAUGAAAUAUUAUACAGCCAUUGCACAAAUAAGGUUUGCAAAAUAUACUGUGCAAACUUACUUUGUGUGUCAAAUAGGCAGAAAAGUGCUUAUUAUCACUACACAAGGUGGCGGGAAAAUGGUCCCACGCUAAGGUUCAAAAUAUGCCUUUUGAAAUAUCAUGGGAUGUCUUCUUUAAGAAAUUGUAUGCCUUUAUGGUGUAGUUGGAAUAUGUCGCUUUCUGUAGAGGCUCCAGAAUGGAACACAGAGCCAUCAAAACAGUCUAUGAAAAUUCACACUUAAAAACCUGAACUUGUCACGUCUCUUUUACAGCACUGUAACUUCACAAAAUAGUGUUUAGGUCAUAAAUUGGGCAUAUUGUUUUACUCAGAAGAUGUAACUGAGCAUAAUUUAGAGGAUUUUAUAACAGUGGCACAUAUCAAGUGUAAGAAAUACUUGCAACAUGUAUGUACAAAAAUUGAAUUUUUUUUCCAUCACCACAAACAUUGACAUAAAAUGGUGACAAGUUAAGGCACAAUAUACACCAUAUAAGAUACCCUGGGUGUCUGCUUUCUCAAAUUAAAUCCCUUUGUAGAUUUAUUUUAAAAUUUAAACUGCUAUUAGGCCGCAAAAAGAGACAUAGGCCCGUCAAAUCUGUCUAUGAAAAUUCUAACUAUAGAAACUGAAAUAGCCUUGUCUCUUAUAUGGCAUUGUAGCUUCACAGAAUAGUGCCAAAGGCAUACAAUGGGAGUAUCGUUGUACUCAGCAGAUGUAGAUAAACACAAUAUUGGGUUCUGUACAGGAAUAGCACACACCAGCUUUACAAAAUACACAUUAAAAAAAACAAAAAACAAAAACCUUGUUAUAUGUGUAUGCCAAAAGAGAGGGAAAAACCCCCACAAUUUUACUCCAAUAUUUAGCAGAGAUUAGCGAUGAAAUGGCUUCGUAAAAAGUGUCACAAUAAACUAAAUAAAUAGCCUGUGAUAUCUACUUUAUAUAAAUAUGUACUUUUGUGUGGCAAUUUUGUUUUUUUGUGAUGGCUAAUAAACUUACAAGACAAACAUAACUUCUAAAAUUGUUUCACAUUGAAAUUUUAUUUUAGUCCUUGUAUUUUGUGACCUGUGACUUUCAAAAUGGGCUGAAAUCCUAUACAUAUUAUGUAGUCUAUAAAUCAAGACACAAAAAUAAAUUUAUUUGGAAUUUCUUUUCCUAAGCUGGACAUAUUAUGCACACACUAUUAUUGCCAAAACUGUAAAAUGUUUUUUUUUGUUCUUGUUUCCCCCCACUCCCAAUUUUUGGGCUUUUAUUUAUUUUUUUUAUAAUAAAUGAGAAUUUAUACAUGUUAAUGUGACCUCAAAUAAAUUAAAGCCCUUUUUGUCCUCUAAAAAAACGAUAUAUAAUAUGUGUUGGUGCAAUAAAUGAGAGAGAUGCAAAUUGCGGUUGAACACAAAUUGCUUGUGUCCUUAUGGGUAAGACAAGCUUCUGAAGCUGUGUCCUUAAGGGGGUUAAUGAAUUAUCCUUCCAGUGUAGAAAUGGAAAAUUGCUAACUAAUUACUAAAUGAGCAAGUUACGCUUUCCAUUGUAUUCAAAGUAGCUCCUUUGUGUGCAGAAUGUCAUUAUUCAGGUCAAUGCUUCCUCCUAUUAGAAGAACACUUGCGUUCAUUACCCUUCAGAACAUACACAAUUUCACUGCAGCAGGUCUUUUAUUUAUUUUUUUACAACAAUAUUUAUAAAUAAACGGGUCCAACCAGCCUACUGACACAAGGUUGAUUUGAAGUCAUGUGCUCUUUAAUGCACAAAGAAACACUGAAAAGUAAACGAUUUUAGAUAAACCAGAAAUGUUAUCCUUUAUGAAUUUAAGUUUUUAUCAGUUGUUGGAAAUGACUGAGCAAGAAGCAAACCUGAGGGGAAAAGAAACUUGUACAGGAGCUUAUAAAUAGUAUAUAUUAAAGGGACACUAUAGCCACCAAAACAACUUUAGUUUAUUGAAGCAGUUUUGGUGUAUAGAUCAUGCCUCUGCAGUCUCACUGCUCAAUUAACCCCUUAAGGACAGAGGACGGUUCAGGACAGUCAUCGGCAUUUUUGCCUUGAGGACCGAUGACGGUCCUGAACCGUCCUAACGGUCAGAGCUACUUACCUGAUCGCCGGCGUUCCCCCGGCGGCGAUCAGCGUGGCUCCGGUUGUGGGGAGACUGCCUGCAGCCCAGACAGUCUCCCCACGGCAGAUUAGGACCCCUGUGGCCAUGUGAUCGCUUAACACAGCGAUCACAUGGUCACAAUAGGUGUCCAUGUGUCUGCCUGCAGGGGGACUGUCUGUGCUGACAGGCAGUCUCCCUGCUAGUGUAAAAUCAGGGGGAAAAAAUAAAGUUAGUGUUAAUUAAAAAAAAAUUAAAAAAUUAUAUAUGUGUAUAUAUGAUAUAUAGACAUAUAUUAUAUUUAUAUAAUAUAUGUCUAUAUAUCAUAUAUAUAAUGUCAUACUAAGUGUAUUUUUAUAUUAAUAUGUACUUAUAUUAAUAUAAAAAUACACUUAUAAUUAAAUUACACACGUGUGUAUAUAUAUAUAUAUAUACUAUAUAUAUAUAUAUAUAUAUAUAAAAUAUAAAUAAGUAAUUUAAAUUAAAUAAUUUUUUUAAAAAUAAUAAAAAUUAAAAAAAAUUAUAUAUCUAUAUGAAAUUUUAUUCUAACUGUAUUUUAAAAUUAAUAUAUAUAUAUUUAUAUCAAAAUACACUUAGAAUGAAUUUGUAUAUAUAUCUAUGUAUAUAAAAAUAAAUAAAAAUAAUAAGAAAUAUACAUAUGUCCAUAUACAAAAUUACAUAAAUAAUUAUAUAAAUAUACACGUAGACUUCAAAUAUAUAAAUAUGCAUAUAUAUUUAAAUUCUACGUGCGUAUUUAUGUAAUAUUUUUACAUAAUUCAGUAAUUUUAUUGAUUGCAAUUUGAGGGACCUGCCUGCCAACCCAGGCCGAAAUUCCAGAGAAUUUAAUUUGCUAGCACUGUAUUUUACCCUGUAACGUUCUACGACACCCUAAAACCUGUACAUGGGGGGUACUGUUUUACUCGGGAGACUUCGCUGAACACAAAUAUUAGUGAUUCAAAACAGUAAAACAUAUCACAGCGAUGAUAUUGUCAGUGAAAGUUACUUUUUUUGCAUUUUUCACACACAAACAGCACUUUUACUGAUGAUAUAAUUGUUGUGAUACGUUUUCCAGUUUUUAAACACUAAUAUUUGUGUUCAGCGAUGUCUCCCGAGUAAAACAGUACCCCCCAUGUACAGGUUUUAUAGCAUUUUUGAAAGUUACAAGGUCAAAUAUAUGGGUCAAAUAUUUUUACAUUGAAAAUGGCCAGGUUGGUUACGUUGCCUUUGAGAGCGUAUGGUAGCCCAGGAAUGAGAAUUACCCCCAUGAUGGCAUACCAUUUGCAAAAGAAGACAACCCAAGGUAUUGCAAAUGGGGUAUGUCCAGUCUUUUUUAGUAACCACUUAGUCACAAACACUGGCCAAAAUUAGCGUUCAAUUUAGUUUUUUUACUUUUUCACACACAAACAAAUAUGAAUGCUUACUUUGGCCAGUGUUUUCGACUAAGUGGCUACUAAAAAAGACUGGACAUACCCCAUAUUGAAUACCUGGGUUGUCUACUUUAAAAAAAAUAUGUACAUGUGGGGUGUUAUUCAGAGAUUUAUGACAGAUAAUAGUGUUACAAUGUCACUAUUGAUAAAUUUUUAAAAUGUAUGUUUUGAAACCGCAAUAUCCUACUUGUACCUAUAGCCCUAUAACAUGCAAAAAAAAGCAAAAAGGCACGUAAACACUAGGUAUUUUUAAACUCAGGACAAAAUUUUGAAUCUAUUUAGCAGUUUUUUUCAUUCGCUUUUGUAGAUGAGUAAUUUUUCAUCAGAUUUUUGUAUUUUUUUUUUUUAAUUAAAAUACAUGAGAUUAUAUAAAUAAUGGUAUGUAAAGAAAGCCCCUUUUGUCCUGAAAAAAAUAAUAUAUCAUUUGUAUGGGAACAGUAAAUGAGAAAGCGGAAAAUUACAGCCAAACACAAACACCACAAAAGUGUAAAAAUAUGCCUGGUCGCAAAUGUACAACAUCGCAAAAACAGUCCAGUCCUUAAGGGGUUAAUUCACUUUGUUUAUAAAGCCCUAGUCACACCUCCCCGCAUGUGACUUACACAGCUUUCCAAAACUCUUCUCCUGAAGUGAGCUCUAAUAUUUACACUUCAUUUAUUGCACAGUCUGUUUAAUCUUUCUCGCUCUGUUAAUAGCUUGCUUGAACUUCCAGUAUGUGAUUAAAGUUAAAUUUGCUGAGCAUGAGGUUAAAAACUCCUGAAGUAAACAUCUCAUUGAAAAUGAAACCAUUUUUAUGCAGGCUGUGUCACAGCCAGGGGAGGUGUGACUAAGCCUGCAUAAACUGAAACAAAAGUGAUUUAACUCCUAAAUGGCAAAUGUAGCAGUGAGACAGCAGGGGUGUGAUCUAUACACAAACAAUUGAUUAAUUAACGUAAAGUUGUUUUGGCGACUAUAGUGUCCCUUUAAGUAGAUGUAAUAUUUGAAUAACCAGUAUCUCUUGGUCUGUGUAACCAGCAACAUUGUUUGUGGCACAGUGAACAAAAAGUGACUUAGGCUUCAGUAUUUGAGGGAAUACAUCUAUAUUUGCGGAUUUUUUUUAAAAAACAUUUUUAUAAAAAUGUUUCUUGCACAAAAAAUAGUUAAUAUAAUUGCAUGGGAUUAUUAAGCUUAACCAGGUAUUGUGCAGAGAUUACACAAAGAUUAACAUUUUAGGUCAAGAUAGCUGGAGUUGGAGCAUAUUUCCCCAUGUAAGUUAUCCACAUUUUCUGGUUUAUUGUAAAAAUUCCCAGACUCAAGGAUUUUGGCUCAGAUCUAAUUGCACAGCUAUUAUCAGAUUUCUAAAAACAAAUGUGCACUACUACGAUCCUUAAGCAAAAUAAGGACCCAGAAGGCCACAACUUUUGUAGCAGAGAGGUAAGACGUCUGGAUAAGCAUUUACAAAAAUAGUCACUAAACUGAACUAUUGCGAAACGAAAUCCGAAUGUGAAAAUUUAGGCAAAAGUAGCUGAUUUGGAAAAAUUCUCCAAGUGCAGAACAGGGACAUUCUUUGCAAUUUGGAUUCCAGUUCACUACAAUCUUGAAUUAAAUGAAUAUGCCCCAUAUCGUACAAUGAAAAGUAUCAGUCAGAAAUUGCUUUGAUAAGACACUAUAGGUAUCAAAACAACUUUAGCUUAAUGAAGCAGUUUUGGUGUAUUAAUAAUGCCCCUGCAGUCUCACUGUUGAAUUCUCUGCCUUUUAGGAGUUAAAUCGCGUUGUUUAUGCAGUCCUAGACACACUUCCCUGCAUGUGACUUACUCAGCUUUCCUAAACAGUUCAUAUAAAAAAAACAAUAAACACUAUAGGGAUGUAUCUUUGAUCCUAGAGUGUUCCUUUAACGUAUAAAUGGCAGAGAAUUGAGCAGUGAUACUUCAGAUGCAAGUUGUUUUGGUGACUAUGGGGUCCAUUUAACUCACUCACCUUUUCCCUUACUGCGCAAGUAGAGAUUGUUUGAAUUUCCCUAGCUCCUCUUUCUUUUUUGGCUGAUCAGGAAAUUUGAUAUCCCAGAUGGUUUUGUACUGUUUUUGCAUAAUGUAUUUUAUUUCUAUGGGUUAUUGUUGGAUUAUUUUCUUUAUUGUGUGAAGGAUAUUUUAUAUAACGCAAUUUUUAAAAUGUAAUAGUUAUUGCAUUUAUAAUGCUUCAGCCAUAAUUUGACAAGUUUGAGUUUUUUUUCUUUCUUUAGUAGCAAAACAGGUUGCUUACUAUUGUUUAUGUUGUCACCCAAUGUCUGUAGGUUUCUAGAUACAUCCAAACAAGCUAUCGGGAUGCUCUUCAUUCACUUUGCAAAUGUUUACCUGUCGGAUCUCACGGGAGAGGACCCAUGCUCAUUGUAAGCCUCAUACAAAAUAGCUGCUGCCACCCCCUGCCUAUUUUCUGCUUCAUUGCUUCCUUUUUGCAAACACAAAUUGUUGACAUUGCUGUCUAACGGGAACUGUAUGUGUAACUGUAUUUUAGUCGUUCAACUGUAGUGAGCCAUUGUUGUCAUUUAGUCUAAGGUGAUGUAUUCUAUAAAGAGGAACUGUCACUGUCACGGCAAGGGUGUAUAAUUCAUUAUUGCACUAUGGAAUUUAGUCCUUUAAUGUAAUUUGUGUAGAUCAUAGAUGACCUGCCUGCAUGGUAGAGGUGGUAUUGUCAAUGCCAAAAGGGGUUAAUUUUAUUGUAUGGAAGGUAAGAAGGUUUAUAGCCUUAAUUCCUCUUUGAAGCUGGAAUCCUCCACAGAAGGGGUAAUGUAAAUUGCAUAGGAAUGUGAAAAAGGUCAGAUGGGUUAUCAUAUGGAUGGUCCUGUGAUUAAUCAAAGGCUCUGCAAGGUGCAAGAUUCUACACUUGAAAAACCUGAAUGUCUGGCUUCAGCCAUAUGGGCCUGUACCUCUUAAUUAAUGAGUCAAUCUCUUUUGACAUGUUAAUAGCCAUUAGCCUUGUUCCAGUAUCAUAUCCAUAAGAAAAAAACAUUAAUAUUUACCCACAGAAUAAUCAUUUUUGCUAUAUGUGGAAUGUGAAAAGCGCCAUCUUCUAAACAAGUCCAAAUAUGAUUGGCACAAUUUAACCAUAGGGGAAGAGAUUGUGAUGUCCCCUAUAUUGGAUCGCAAGUAAGGUGUGUGACGUAUCUAUGGAAUGGAAAAAUAAUACCAAAUUCGUAGAUGCAAUUAUUUCUUCUGUGGCAGUUACAUAAGAGAAGAUAGAACCAAAUGUUUCCAUUUGGAUUGAUGUUGGUCUGGGGCAAAAGGGGGUGGUCACUUAUUGUCUCUAUAGAUACGCCUUAACUCCACAUGGCAUGGUAAUCCACAGGGUAUAUCUCUAAUGAUACUGCAGUGUGCAUUGUACUUGCUUGAGUGGCCAGAAAAUAAUUCUAAGUGAGUCACCAUCUUUCUCAGACCCCCUGGGGCAUAAGUUUUACUUUGAAAUGCUGAGUAAGUGAUUAGGACUUCUGUUAUUUUAUCCCUUUUGUUUUUAUCUGUUGAUGGUGUAAAUAAUUUGUCAUCUAUAUUUGUGUGUGCACUGUUACUAUUUUUUGCUCACAAUAAAUAUUCCUUUAUUAAUUUCUGCCUUUGACUGGUAAAGAAUCAUGUUACCUGAAGAGACUAAUUGAUAUUUUUCAAUUACAUAGAUAUUGUGCUAAGUUACAUUUGGUGGGUUUUUCAUAUUUUAAUUACCUGGGGGACCAAGGCACCGCAUUUAUAAAUUGUCUUGGUGGUGGCAGCGUUAAAAUAGUAAUAGUUAUAUCAUUAUGCUUAAGUGUGGUUGGUGUUAAGGGGGAUUUUAUCAUUAUUUCCGGUCUAGUGCAGACAAAUAGUGAACUCUAACCCUUUCACCACUACAACUACAUCAUGCACACUCUUAAAGUAGGGUGCAUUCGUGACAGUCACCUCCCAGGAUUUAUAAGCAAACAGUGCUUUCUUAUGCUUUAUUUAGACAAUAUGUAUGUUAUUCUGCUACUGGAUGCCUCCCUCUUAGCUCCCUGCAAGUCAUUGUUAUAAGCUCUGUCCUUUGUAUCUAGCAGUCAGCACUGAUAAAGCCUACAGAGAAGAGGACAAAUUAAGCAAUUUUAUUUUUUCUCUUCAUUUGCAAUCCUUACUAAAUAUCCAUUGUCUUUGUAUGGUUCCUUUAACUUUCCAUACAUAAAUGAAAAUUUAUUUUUGUAAAAAUUAUAGAGAAAAAAUAAAUAUCCCAAUUAAAAUGUAUUUGCCUAGAUAUUUUUUCCCCCAAUUUUAUUUGUCAUUUAUCUCUUCUCUCUAAUUGUCCUUUUUUUCCUCCAUGUUCUUCAGCCUUGUUUUCAUUCAAUUCCAAGCAGUCCAUUAAAAAAAAAAAAACAACAACAAAAAAACAGGAACAGCAUGAGUUUGGACCUCGUUUUUCCUUCUUUGCCUCUGUGCUAUAUGUUUGUAUGAACCUCAAGACCCUUCACUAUUAAAGGAACACUGUAGUGUCAGGAAAACAAACGUGUAAAUAACUAUUUAGUUGUGUGUGUGUGUGUGUGUCUCCCCAUGCAGAAAUAUGUCCUCUAUCGCCGAGAUCAUCAAACAUGAUGAUCUCAGCCAAUUUCAAUGCUUUCCCAUAGGAAAGCUUUAGGAGGCUAUUGCUCAUGCACGGUAAAACACCGCGGUGGGAGGCUAUUGCUCAUGCAUGGUAAAACACCACACUGCGCUAAUAAGCAUCUCCUUAUAGAGAGGCAUUGAAUCAAUGCAUCUCUAUGGGGAACAUGCAGAGCUGGGAAGCACCUCUAGUAGCCGUCUGAGUGACUGACACUAGUGGUGUUCCUAGGCAGCAAUGUAAACACAGCCUUUUCUUUAAAAAAAACCUUAAGCAUUAGUGGUUUUUGGCGACUAUAGUGCCCUUUAAAAUUUUCUGGGUGCAGAGACUCCCUAGUGGACAUAUAUUUCUCACAUGCUUUGCUAUUUCAAUGGUACAACCAUUUGUGAUGUUACAGGGAUGGAAUAUUGACUAUUCACAGGUGUUACAGGAAGGGAACUGUUCGUUAUUAUACCAUUAUUGAUAAGAGACAAGGAAGAAAAUAGGAGCGCAAUGUAUAAUGAAGGGACUACGCAGUUAAAGGGUGUUACCCUAGGUGAGUUUAGAAAUAAAAAAGCAGACAAAACUGAAUGCAAUAGGCCACUAUUGACUAAAAAGUGGUUUAUAGUGUUCAAAUGUCAUGGGGAAAUAAAGUAUAUCCUAUACCGAGCCCACAUGAGUGACUGAACUAAAGAAAUUAUGCUGUCUAGCUAUCUAAAUAGAACACGUAUCUAAGGUGUGCCUUCGAGGACACCUAAACGAAGGUAAGGAAACUGUCACAUUAUCAGUUAAAAUUUCCUAAAGGUAAUAAAUGCUACAGAUCUGUCCCGUAGUCAGUGCAGGUAGAAAGAGAGACAAUCAAAUAAGGGCACCAAUAAUCAAUUAAAAAUACACAGAUGAAAUGUCCCCUAUUGACUAAUCAGGGGUGUUACAAAAAGAAAACUAUUAAAUAUUAAUCUUUUAUAUUAGUAUUCUUUUCAGUGAUCUUCAGAUCAAACUUACUCUAGAUCUAGUAACUAAUGUUGGGAGAUUUUUCAAAUGACUAUAAUUGAAUCUAUGGCUAUAUACCUUUUUUUAAAGGCUGUGUAUUAAAGGUUAUAUUUUCUGAAAUAGAUAUAUUUCCACAUGUAUGGUGAUUCUAAGGGGGUGAUUGUGAAGGACUGAACCCCCUUGGUUGUAUGGACAACCCUGAGAUACGCUAGGAACUCUCACUGUUUGUUUCUUUUUGAUCACAAUAUAUUCAUAUAUUAUGGUUUUCAUUGGGAUUGUACAUAUGUUGUUAUAGAUAAAAACCUCGGUUUGACUCUUUAUACAGUUUAUGCAUUUUACAUACGCCCAUAUGCCCAUUUAGUCUUAAUAAUGUUUUGGUCUUUUUUGUUUCCCCUUUCUUUCUGAAAUAGAUACUUAAUAAACUUUCUAUUGGAUGCAACACUGGGCAUGUUGCUUAUCUAUGCUGGAGUUCGAGUGGUAAGCUGCGUGGUGGAGUGGGGACAGUGGGACUCAUUGCGUUUUGGUGAAUAUGGUAUGUGGUUCAGUAAGCUGUAAAGAUUACAAACUAUAACCUACUGAUUCUAAAUCAUUACUUAAUUCUUAUUUUGUAGUUUCUGAUGGCAAAUUUAUUAAGGCAGUCAUGAUACUUCUGCUUCCAGUUUUAAAAACUCCUUGGGGGGGGAGGGAGGAGGGGGAGGGUGGAGUGUUGCAUUAAAUGAAUUCUGAAUGCAAAAGAAAUUUAAAAAUAUAUAAAAUUAUUAAUUUUUUAACAUUUUUUUUUUUUUGAAAGCUUCUGUUGUCCAAGUAGGAAGUUAUUUGUGGUAGACAAAGUUAGGAUUCAAUUUUGAUAUCAUUGUUCUAUAGACGAUAUGGAAAAGUUGCUUGUUUUUGCACUGAGAGCGCAAGGCUAACACAUAGAACUACAGCAGAGACACACCAAUGCAAUGUAACAAAAUGUAAGCUAGAACAUACAAGAAAAUGUACAGGGGAUCAAAGGACUUGUUAAGGUCGUUGGCACAGUCAUGAGUGGUAAUGGUGACUGUCUAAUUGCUUAAGUGAAACAUAGGGAACAUAUGUAAGUUGGUUGAGGUGUGCUAAAACGGACGUACCGGUAGGCCUGAAAGAAGAGGGCAAAAUUUUAUACAAAAUACGUACUUUAUUAAAUCCACAAGAAACAAUAAAGGACAUUUAUUCCAUUAAACCUUGUCUGAAUUCUAUUUUAGGAUUGGGAAUAUAUCGAUAGUAACCUGACUAUUUCCAGCGCCCCAAGUUCUUAACGAAUGAGUGUCCCGAAUAAAGUGAAGGAUUUAGGCCUAAUCUAAUCAGUAAAAUUUUUUGUCGUAGUUAGAAUAGAGCCGUGAAGUGAAAACAAUGGUUGGUUAGUGGAUGAGUGAAUUACAUACAAGUAAUAGUCUGAAAUAUUAACAGGCACCGCUUGUUAUGUGCAGGGUAAAUUGGCAAUUCAAUCAUUUGCCCCAUUUGGCUGGUUUUCAUAUGUGGCAGGCAAACUGUAUAAUGGUGUUUUAUUAAAUGGCCAACUUUGAAACAUUGCUCUAUUUUAGAAGAGCUUUCGCUAGUAUAUUCUCUUGGUCUAAGGAAUCCAUAGAAUGCCAACUAUAUUGCAGUCUUAAUUACUCGUUUAGUAUGAGACUCAAAAGUAAAUCAGAUAAUGAGCUAAAUAUAUAAUUGUUUAUAGGAAUUUGCUUGGUUGUUUGUGUUUGACAAGUUUUCUGAAUACUUUUUAGUAUGUUUUUAAUUUGAAAUGAUGACAUGUAAGCAUUUUAUUUGGGUAUAAGGUAUACCUCAAAAAGAGUUGGUUUGUCUUUUUAAAGGCAUCUAGAUCUUUAGCCUCUGCUACAAAGCCAGUUAAGAAUGUGGCAUCAGUCCAGAUUGUAGGUGAAUUAUCUGCUAGAGGUGGAAUAGACAUCUAUUUUCCCUUUCCACUCUCCUUGAAUCCACUGCCACAUAGUAAAGUCUGCCAUAGCUUGCUUAUCUAUGACGACUUGACUAUCCUAGUUGGGUAGCUCAGAUAAUAUACAGAGAAGCCUGGAAAUAAAUGGCCAGCCUUGGGGGAUUAUCCUCAUGGCAAAGUUAAGCAAGCCUAGCAGUGAUUGGAGUUACUUAUGAUUGCAGGAACCUUGUUCAAUAAUCAAGGAUCUCUAAUCCAGUCUCUCACAUCAUUGUGAAGGAAUUUUGGCCCAUGUUUCAUUACAACAUUAUUUAAUUUCAUUGAGUUUUGCUGGCAUUUGUUCAUUCGCACCUCUCUGUAGGUCCCACUACAGCAUUUAAAUCCGGUUGAGGUCUGGACUUUGACUGGGCCAUUGCAAAACCAUGAUUUUUAUUUUUUUUUCAGCUAUUCUGUUGUAGAUUUGCUGGUGUGCUUGGGAUCAUUUUCCUGUUGCUUGACCCAGUUUUGACCAAGCUUUAGCUGUCUGACAGCUCAUGUCUGACAGUGUAUGACCUCAGAUUUGACUGUAGGAUACUUUGUUAUAUAGAGAAGUUCAUGGUUGACUCAUUGACUCCAAGGUUCCCAGGUCCCAUAAAAAACAAUCUCAAGCUUGUUUUUUUUAAAAAAUGUUUUUGCUAUUUCUCUGAGCAUUGCACGGUCUGACCUUGGGAUGACGUCCACUCUUGGAAAGAUUGCUAACUGUCUUGAAUGUUUUUCACUUUUGAAUAAUCUUUCUCGCUGUAGAAUGAGGGACUAAAACCCUUUCCAGUUGGAUGGGUAGCUUCUCUAAGAUCAUUGAUGAUGUCUUUCCUCCUUGCAUUGUGUUAACACACACACCUGAAUGCUCCAGACCAGCAAACUGCUAAAACACUUUUAUUGCUGAUGAUCAUUUAAUCAAGGGCGUAUAAUUAGUAGCACCUGUCUGCUACUUAGCCUCCUAAUUCCUAUGGAAGCAGUAAGAGUUCACUUUGUUUUUCACACAAGGCUUCUCCAUGUAAUACUUUAUUUUUAUUAAAUAAUUCAUGAAACGGUAUAAUAUGUCAUGUUGUUUAUCUGAGGUUGUAUUUACCUUAUUUUAAGACCUUCUAAGGAACAGAUGUUUGAGAUAAGUAACGGUAGAAGUAACGGUUUUACUUUUGAUUUUUAUUUAAAUAAUAUAAGUAAAACUGUAACCUACACAUAACAUCAAACAUGGAUGCUUUCAUGUCCCUUUAUGGAGAGUAGUAAUGGCUAUUUACCCUCACAAUUUGGCCAUUCAUUCCUAGGUUCUGAGGUUUUAAAAAGCUGGGUGUCUGAGUUAAAUUAUUUAUUAAAAAUCCUAAUUAUAAAUUAUAACGCUAAUUAUUGCAUUGCUUUGUAUUGGAAUUUGAUGUAACUUGAGCCCGUGUUAACUGGUCUUUUUACAAGUGCUGACUGUGUUACUGGCAUUUGAUUUAAGGUUCUAUGAUAUAAUUUGGUAAUUUAAUAGCUCUCCUGUCAGCAUCUUUUUCUCACUUGUAAUGUUUGAAGUGUGCUUUAAAGAGUGUUUUUGAGCUGUCCGAGUCACAUUUUCCCAAGAUACAAUCAUUCUUCAUGAAGUCUGUAGAUAUGAGGUCAGCUGCUGUUGUAGUGAGUACAUAAUGUUCACGAGUAGCGGAAGGUAUGCUUAGGCAUUACAAGACACAAUCCUUUUGUGAAACCAAAUUAAGUGUGCGCAUGUGGAAAAUAUAUAGAGUACAUUCAGGACAAUAAAUGAAAGUAGAGCAUACAUAAGCUUUUUAUGUGAAAGUUCUCACAGAGGGUAUGUUUAUUAUAUGAAAUUUUCUAUGAUUGCGUCAAAAUUGCUGUAACAGUAAAUGUAUCUAUUAUUGACAAUGUGAAUAGCAAUACUGGAAGAAUUUGUCAUGGAGAGUGAACAAUCUAAACUGUGAAUGUAGUGAUGUAAACAGUGGACCCUGUGCUGCUUUUGAGAUGCCAGUCCCGCUAUAAAGCCAAAAUUAGCAAAUAAUAAAAUAGUUUUUAAUCAGAUAUAUGUAAAAGGGAAUAUACUAACAAAACUAGCUUGUGAUUGAACUCCUUUUACAACUUUUGGAUGAUUCUGAACUUUUUGUUGAGUUGUUCAGCCCUGUUAAAACUUAUAGUAUCAUGACUUAUACCCAUUGCCCUUUUUCUACAUCACCAGGGGUUUAAUUGUAUAUCCUAUAGUAAUUUUAGUGUUCUAUGGUUUCUCGGUAGAACACAAUCUAUCAGUUGAAGUGUAUUGUGUUUAGGUUCAUGCUUAAACUCACCAGUCAACGUCUGUGCAAUUUAGCUUUCAUUGCCGUCCCUCUGUCGUAGGCACUCCGCACUCUGGUGUAGUAGAUAGUGCCCACAAUCCUCCUGUGGCAACUGUGCCGCAUCAUAAUGGUCAAUAAUUCAUUUUAACAUAUUGAUGUAAGUUUUAGUGCCUAUUAUGUCAAUCUUUUUUUUUUUUUUUUUCUAAAGAGCUAGAAGAACCCUCCCUUUCAGUGUGAUCACGAUUUAAUGUUCUUUGUUCUGGACACUGGCACAGACAACACAAAGAUUUAUUUUCUCCUGAAACACAUACUGUGGCUCUCAUAGGCACUUUGAAUAUCUGAUGCCAACAUGCAGUAGUUCAUUAGAGAUCCACUUCUGGUUAGUGCAGUGGAAAGACAGAGCCAAUCUUUCUAUUAGUGAUACUCAAUCUUCUCUGUUUACUCUUACAUGCCUAAGCUCUUGGCACAUUUAUGCAUUCUUGUUGAAUGUUAACCCCUCCGUGUUUCUGUAAAAAGAUGAACACAUGCUUUACAAAGAAUCCAUGACUAUUUCCCUGUACAUGAUGCACAUCUUGAUCUCUUAAUACUAUUUUAGUCUAUAUGUUUAAAUGUCUACUACCUUUGUUUAUUUUGUUCAGUCAUGCAGACUGUAUAAUGAACUGUUCUUCUCUUAUUACAUAUGACGAAAGUUAGAAAUAUUUGUGUGAAGAUCUGAAAUGUGUAACACCUAGACUUGUUUAUUCCUGUCUAAAUUUCCAAUUAAAAAAGACCACAAAAAUCGACUGUAUCUGUAAAACUUUAAAAAUGAUCAUGGAAUAUUUUGCUUAAAUAUGUAGAUAACAACCAUGUGUGUAUAACUUACUAAAAUGUUAUCCCUGUUUCAUGACUUGAGUAUUUUAUUUACAUUAGAAUAUUAAUUUAUGGGGGCGGGGCCUGACCGCUGAGCAGAGAGGAAGCAUGCCUCACCAGCUCCCACUGCUUGGGGCUAAAACAACGUAUUCUAGACGUUCGAAAGGCACUAAAAUGACGGGUGAUACCGGGGCGCACACACAGACACCACCCAAGCGACGAUGUCACACAGGCAUACCCGAACUCACAGCGAGGCCUACCAGCAUGGCGGGCGCAGGGAGGACGGCCGCUUCCCUGCUGCCCGAACCAGCCAGAUGUAGGACUCCGGACCCUUGUUCUCCCCCCCCCUGGACCGGCGGGGGUUAUCCCGGUCCACCCCCUCACGGUCCCCUCAGCAGGUGAUAAGCAGUUGAACAGAUCGGGCGGACUGGAGGUCGCUGGUGUGGCCGACAAAAUGGUGGACGACACACACGCCUCAACCCUCUGCAAAGCAGAGAGAGAAACGGAGCUCAGACUCGCCUGCAUUUUUGACACUUUCUGGGAGAGGCUGGAACAGCUUGCGUGGCCCCCAGAACCAGGGACCCAGCCUGAAGCUAUGCCACACGACCCGCUACGAGAGGCUCAAGCGAAUGUCCUGGCACACGCCGUAAGUUCCCUUCCUGGGCUCCACAGGCGCCUGGAAAAAAACAACCCGAUAACUGGUGGACGGAGCCACACCAAGGGUGAACACGACCAGGCACAGACAAAGCAUCUUAAGGGGACCCCCACAGCACAGCGCAGAACGCCGCCUCGCUCCCCGACAAUGACCCAGCCUAAGAGGGGCAAUGACCAACUCAUCCACACACGCAAGUGGCAGACCAAGAGGCCUAAAACGGCGGCAGCAGCAGCACAAAUCCACAGCCACAGCUACAGCCAACGAAUACACCGAUAGAUGGGAACCACAACUGGAGCCACAUUAUACACACCGAAUAGGUCCUCCGCCCACACUGAGACACUCUUCUCCCACACUGCUGGACCAAGGGGAAUGCGGCACGCACCUUCACUGCAACUAACGGCGCAGUGGGAGCACACCCAGCCCCAACAAGGCAUCGGCUGACCCAUACAAGACUGGGACUCAAUGUCAGGCACAGUGCCCAAUAUUCAUUACCUCUUAAUACCCGAGAUGAACUCUCACACCAGUAUGCAUGCAAUUCAAUAGCCCUUUUGUUUAUGCCGGGGACCGCAGGGGGGGUAUCGCUAGGGACCAUGCGAUUAUAAGCUAAGCAUUUCUAUGUAUAGCCUCACUAUUCUGAUACAUAAGUCAGAUAAGCAUACGUACCUUUCUAACCUACAACUCUACUCAUGUCUUUUGACAGUUUGUCCAUUUUGCUUAUUAUAAUGUUUAGCAAUUCAGCAGGCUACUAAUCUACGUCAGUCAUGUCAAUCUAUUUCUCGUAAACACAUCUCUUGCUAUUGUUACUCGCAUUUACUAACCUGACUUACUCAGCAUUACUCUAACAAUUUAAAAAUGUGUGCAGUUUAAUCCCAUGUCACAGUAUUGUCAGCUUUGCGAAGGCAUGUAAUCGCUAUUGUGGCAUUGCAGCCAUGUUUGUACCUCCCUUUGCACAAUAAAAAUAAAGAAUAAAAAAAAAAAAAAGAAUAUUAAUUUAUACUUUGUGUCUGGAUCCUAGCAUGAAUAUUGUCUUGGCUAAAAGUAAGAUUCUUAUAUUUACAUAAAAAGUAAUAAUACACAUAUGUGUACAUAUGCAUUAGCUAGAACUCCAGGACUGAAUGUGAAUAAACCCUUUCUCUUUCAGGAGAUCCUGUGCAAUACAAAGCUUGGGUUGGGCAAUGUGCCCUCUACAUCGUCAUCAUGGCCUUUGAGAAAACAGCCAUUGUCCUGGUCCUGCUCAUACCAAAUCUGAAAGAGGUUCUGUCAUUUUACUGUUUGUGACUCCUACAUGGGAGGGGAUGGUUAAAUGGAGUGUGGUGGGGGGAGUGUGUGUGUGUGUAAGUGAUAUAGCAAGCUACAGCUAAGACUAAAGAGAAGUACACAAAGCUAUUAAUAUGUUUGACACUGUCUACCCUUUAUUAUUUGUAAAUUCUUUUUCAGAUUGCCAUGCUUAAUCCUAUAGAAAACCCAGAACUUGAACUGGCCAUUGUGAUGCUUAUUGUGCCCUUCUUUGUUAAUGUGAGUUUCAUCAUUCUUGCUUUUUAAACCAAAUUAAAAACCACAAAAGGGAAAAGGAAAAAAAGUAGGCAAAAAUCGUAAUAUACAAAUUAACUUUAAUAUGCUUACAUAUUUUUUGGACAAUUUGUCCAUAUGUUGACAUCAAGAUUGUCCACGUAUUGGUUAUAUCAAUGAAAAAUCCUGUAGUAGGAUUGUGUAAUACUUGCCUCCUAACAUCAAAUGUGCCUUUUUGUAAUCUGUGAAAGAUAAAUAUUUCUUGUCUGUUUUUCCUGUGACAGGCAUUAAUGUUCUGGGUGGUGGACAACUUUCUGAUGAAGAAAGGCAAGACAAAAGCCAAAACAGAGGAGAAAAAUGGAAGCCCAGAGUCCCGAAAUGGGAACAAAAUCAGAUACCGGCGGGCAGCAUCUUAUGAUGAAUCGGAAUCAGAAGUGAGAACAUGGCAGUAGAUAAUUUCAUGUUAUAUGAUCUCCUUAUUUCAGCCUGCUAUCUCUUGCUGAGAAACCUAAGUCAAAAUUUUAUUCACAGAAAUCUGUUCACUGAACUAUGUUCAGCCAUCCAAAAUAAUCUGUUUUAACUAAAAGUUUAGUAAGUGAAACACAUUCAGUUGCGUGCAACAUGAAAUUUCAGUUAUAUCAGCCUCUUACAGUGCUAUUUGCCAAUGUAAGACUUCCAUGUAAAUUUUAAAAAUUUAGGCAAGAGUAGCUUAAAUGGAUACUAUAGUGCCAGGAAUACAAAACUGUAUUAUUGCUCCUUCUGCCUCCCCCAUCCUUUAUUUACUUACAUGAUCUCUGCACCGAUGUCCCUCCUAUUUCCUAUGGAGAAAUGACUGAUGCUGAAUGUUCUCAUGCAGAGCAUGAGGAUGUCUAGCGCCAGUUACCGGAUAAAACGUCCGUUAACAUCCAGGAAGCACCUCCAGCGGCUGUCUAGUAGACAGCAACUGGAGGCUUGCUUAGUGCUGCAAUGUAAGCGUUGCAGUUUCUCUAAAACUGCAAUGUUUUACAUUGCAGCACUAAGUGCAGUAGGAACACUGCACCCAGAUCACUUCAAUGAGCUGAAGUGGUCUGGGUGCCUAUAGUGUCCAUUUAACGGAAAGCAUAAUGGACUUUUCCAUUUUGGGCUAUUUAGACCUUAAAUUUGAAAUUCAUCAUUAAUUUACUUAGAAUUCUUACUUUGGUAAAUAACCCUGUCUGUCUAAGUUUCCUUUUUCAAAAGAACCCUUCAAACCUCCAAAGUACUUCAAAAGUUUAAUUUUCAAGAGAGGUUGGCACUUUUAUAAAGCUCUUUUAUGCUACCGCCUCAGUUAUCGGUCAUAUAGCUGUUGGGGUGCUCUUCAUCACACACUUUGAGUACUUGCGUCAAGUGGAUGUGAUGAUUGUCCUUCUCUCCCCCAUCCCCCUCCCCGACCCCCACCCCCUUCCUUUCUUUUUUGCUUUUUGGUUCAUGUGGAAUAUAGUAAGGAUCAAAAUAAUUGUAAUCUCUAAAAUCAAUUAUUAAGCCAUCUCAGCAUUUAAUGAAUAGAAUCCAUGGUCUUUUAUAUGCUUUUAUAUGUUUUUUUGGUUUAGUUUUUUCUUCAUCCCUCUGCUGGCUCCAAAGUUAAAUGAAUAAAAAUUGCUUUCCCUGGCAAAAAUCCAAGUGGUAAUACUGAUAGAGACCAGAGAUAAAUAUAUUUUUUUUAAAGGUCCUUAUACAUUUGGUCCAGCUUUACAGAAUUUGACAAAAGGUAAAGCGAUAGUGUAAUUUAAUUCGUGCAUAGCAAGAUUUUGUCUAUGUAGAGUCUACUGCAUCGACCUUGUGCGUUACUCUCACGCAUGUUCAAGAGAACAGUAUUUAUGUAGGUGCUGGCAGAUGAAGCACCAAGAACUGAAGAAGUAAGGUGUCUGCAUGGCUCGGAGAGGUUAGCUUCUGGUAAAUAUUAAUUACUGUCAGCUGCACAGUGAGCUUGAUCACACUUUUAGGGGUCUUUGCAAAAUAUGCAAAGAUACACGAAAGUAGCAGAACCACUAUAAACUCUAUUUUGGGUUUUAAUUUCUGAUAAUCUUGGCAGGAGAUAGUAUAGGUUCAUAUUUUCCUUUUUUUUUUUAUGUUUAGGAUGUGCAGAAUGGAAUGACUGCCACCAGUGUUGUACUAACAUCAAGCAAAGAUGCUCUUGGCUUGCAUGCCGCCCCGACUUUCCUGGUCUCUUUAAAACUCUGCACAAAAUCAAAGUCUAAAAAAGGAAAAAUUUUUGUGUGUGUGUGUACCAAGCGUUCUAGAAUGGUGCUUGUCCUAUUUUUCAUCUUUUCUAUAAUACAGAAUGCUUUUCAUAGACCGAAUAUUAGUGGGCUUUCUUGGCAGCUUUGAUGGAAACAGCAGUAUUUGUUUUCUGUGUCGCUCAUGGAAUUGGGUGCCUACAGGGCAGCAUAUUACAGGUUCGACUGGAACUUAUGAUGAAAUUGUAAUAAUAAUGUUCAUUGUCUUAAACACAGAUGUGUUUGUUGUUCUCAGCCUAAACUGUUAACUCAUUCUUCUAUCUUAUACGAGUUCAUUUUAUUUAUUUUUUUGGUGGCACUUUUUAUGUAGCCAUCUGUUUGUUUUUUUUGUUUUCACUCUUUCAUUACAUCGUUACUAUUACUCUCAUGUUAAUCUCAUGUUUGGGUUUUCUCUCCAUUUUAUAUGUACAUGCUGUGUCUCCGUUUUACAGACAGUCCUGUAUUUUUAGAUAGUCUUAAAUGCAUAUGGAGUCUUUUAGUUUUAACCAUGCUAUAGAAACGAUUACUGUUUAGUAGAUAUGGCAAUAGGUUAAUACACCCCUAGUGUCUGUCUACUUGACAGCCACUAGAGGCGCUUCAGCUGUGAGAACAAAGUCAAACUUGGUUCUUACAGCUAACCUAUGAGGAGCACUGGACUGGAAGAAAAAGCGGCAUAGGCAUGACUUUGCUGGAGGCAGAUAGAGAGGCUGCAGGGAUUCGAUCUUGGUGCUGGGAAAAAGAUAAGCAAUACCCUUUAUUCCAGUUUUUAUUUAUAUUUAUUGGAGCCCUGUAUUUUGAAUGCUCUAGUGUUCCUUUUAUAAUGUUUGACGGUGAGCUAACACCAUUAAUGUAAAUGAAAUUACAGGAACCAUUCACCACAUACCCCUACCCACUACGUCUCUACCCAUAUUAGGGCAUAAACAAAAGGCAAAAUAAAGCCAUCUUUCUUUUUAAAAGGAAGUGAAGGGGUGAUGAAUUAGAUGGCUUUGGGGGGGGGGAGGGGGGAGGGUUGUGAUUCCUAAAACCCUAACUUCCUCAUUUAUAAGCUGAGGCUGGAGAAAGAAAAGGUCACUUCGUUCCUCUUGGCUUCGUAGUGUUUUUACUGAUGUAAUAAUUUAAUCUGAGACAUGUAGUUCCUAAGAAUGUUUCAGAUAUUAUUUUCAUAACAUUUGGGUUUUGUGAGGUAUUUUUUCCCUGUUAAUUUAAAAAUAAAGUGCAUGUGUGGCGAGCGCCUAGGGCCCUGCCCAUAGGAAAGCACUGUUUCGAUGCUUUUCUUAUUGGGGAUUCAUGAAUGCUGGAUGCCUUCAUAAAGGGAUUCAGAGUCCGGUAGAAUCCAGGAAGUGCCUUUAGUGGCUGUCUGACAGCCACUAGAGGCUUUCUUAGUCCUGCAAGUUGGUUAUUGCAUUUUCUCUAAAACUGCAGUGAUUUACAUUGCAGGACUAAGUGGGACAGGGACACGGCAUCCAGACUACUGCAGUGAAAUGAAGGGGUUUGGUGACGAUAGUGAUGGAGUGGAAAACUAGCUGAAUUUGUAGGUCAGAGUAAUCUGUGGAAUUGACCCACUGACAAGUUGUGACUUGAUGACAUUUACCCUCAGUCUAAAGGCUGUUCUGAAGAGGUGGGGUUUUUAGUGUCUUCUGAAAGGAUUGAAGAGUUGAGGGGAGUCUUAUUGUGUGGUGGGAGUGAGGGGAUGGGGCAGACUGUUCCAUAAGAACAUUAGAAGUCCAGUAAGUGAAAGUUAGCCGUACAAUUUCAAGCAGCAGACAGGAGAAGGUCAGCAGCGGAGAGGCUGUGAACUGAUUGAAUCUUACAGGGCACAGGGAGCCAAUGUAACGAUUGACAUAGGGGUGAUGUGUGAGAGGAGCACUGGUAGAGGAAUAAUAAGCCUGGCAGCAGCAUUCAUUAAGGACUUAAGAGAGGCUGUAAGGUUUCUGGAGAGUCCAGUUAGGAGAUAAUUACUGAAGUCAGUGUGAGGCAUUACAAGACCAUGAGCAAGCUACUUAGUAGCAUCUUGUGUAAGAAAGGGUCGACUAUAUGUGUUUUUAAGGUUAGGUUGACAUUAUUAGGCAAAAUACGUUCGCUUGUGAAGACUGGCAGAUGUCUGUGCAAUCAACUUGCAGGGAGAGUGACAGCGGGGGAUCAAAAUAAUAAGAAGGGAAAAUAAGCACUGUUUUAGGAAGCAGGAGGAUAUCUAAUUGGAGACAGAAGAGAAGCAACAGAUAACUUGUUCUAGGACAGCGACCGAGAGAUCAGGGAAAAAGUAGUAUAUCUGGGUGCCAUCGGCAAAAAUAAUCCAAAAUGUGUUUGCCAACAAAGUCAAUAUAAAGAGAAAAUUAAAAGGGGGGCCAAAGACAGAGCCUUGUGAAAUAACAGACAGGUUGCGGGAAAGGAGGUGUUACCAGAAAAGGAUACCCUAAAGGAUCAUUGGAAGACAUAGAAUGAGAAUCCUGAAAGAACAGUGUCACGAAGGCCAAGGUCGAGAAGAGUUUGGAGAAGGAGUGCUUGAUCAACAAAGGCAGCAGAGGGGUCUGAAAGAAUUAAUAUGGAGUAUAGUAGCUUUUGGAUUUAGCCACGAAUAGAUCAUUAGUUACUUUAGUCAGUGCAGUCUCAGAAUGCAAAAGGUGGAAUCCAGAUUGAAGAGGGUCCAGGAGGGAGUUUGAGUUGAAAAAGUGUGUGAUGGUUACAGACAAGUCGUUGUAGAAGCUUUGUGGAGAAAAGGAAUAAAGAUAUGGGCAGGUUGUUGAAUGGGAAAAACUGGUCAAUGAAUGUUGUGGUUUUUUUUUUUUAUCUGAUAAUGUAAGAGGGAAUGGGGACAAGUAGAGGAGUGAGAAGAAAGAAGAGGCAUAGAUACCUCCUGUUCAAUAACCGGGGAGAAUGCCUGAAGGGUAGAAGAGGCACAGUCCAAAUUAGGUUGAGAAAGAGAAGAGUGAAGUGGGAAUAAUUCUCUCCUUAAAUAAUACAUUUUGUCAACUAAAAUAACAUCCAAAGUUAUCAGCUAUAAGGUUAGUAUGUUGGAUGGCCACAAUGGGGCAAAGUUGAGAGUUGUAAGUAUCAAUAUUGUAAAGCGUUGCGAAAUAAGCUGGCACUGUAUAAAUGCUAAUAUUAAUGGUAAUCAUAUAUUGUGAGAGUAUGCACUAAUAUGAGAAGAAACAAAUAAGGCUGUGCUUUAUAAGUGUAGCAUGAAUUUCCUCCAGCAGCAUUCAGCUGAAUGGGAGCAUCUUUGUAGGUAGCAGGUAGCAAUGUGCCACUGUUGGAGACACGGCCACUUUGAGGUGUAUGUUUUGCGUUGGGCUUAUUUGUCCAGGGCAGAAGUAGGAGAAAGUAGAGAUUGAUGAGAGUUAAAAAUGCAGGUCAGCUGACGGUUGCUGAAGGUCUAGAGCAGGCUUCCCCAAACUCCGGCCCUCCACAUGUUGCUAAACUACAACUCCCAUGAUUCUAUGAAUGAAAUAUAGGCUGAGAAUCAUGGGCGUUGUAGUUCAGUAACAUCUGGAGGGCCAGAGUUUGGGGAAACCUGGUCUAGAGAAUUCUAGAGGUUUCUUCUGACAGGAGGAGGGUUAGGCUGAGUAUGAGGGUGGAGCCGACCGCCAAGAGGAGUAGUCACAUCCACCUAGAGCUCUGAGUAGACAACUGACUUUUAGCGAUUUACUCUGCCUUUCUGCUGGGCUCACCGAGUUUAUGCCCACCCUUCACCUCAGUACUCUUGUGGAACUGUCUUGGGGCAUCGUACACUAUCUUGACGCAAUUCUGACGGCUGGUCUAUUCUGCGGCCUGCUGGUCGAUGUGGGGCGGGUGACGUGGCUGAUCUCCUUACUGUCCGCCCCCCCAUCUCCCCCUUAGGACCAGCAGGGGUCAUCCCGGUCCACCAACACAGUGAUAUUUUUUACCUGGCUCCAGGCCCACAGGGGUACAAGCCAAUAUUGACACGCUACUCUGCUUACCUAAGAUAAUGGCUGCCUGCACGGAAACGGCUCCAGUGUGCCACACUGACCCACUACAGAUUUGUGACAGCCUGCUGGCCCAAUUUCAUCAGCUAUUUGCUGAAUUUUGAAGGAGAUGGCAGGAUAAGCUCAAGGCCAAAGUUAGAAUGAAGGCACCACCGCAGCUGUCUACCUCUCCCCAAUAUAGCAUCGACACGAAAGCUCUAACAUGAAGCCUGUUAGGGCCUGUCGGAAACAGAACAGAAGGGUAAGACUGAGGCGCCCUACACAUUUGAGUCGACGAUGUGGUGUAAAUCCAUCCACCCGACAGAGCUGUCGCAAUGGUGCAAUAGUACUGCAGCAACAUGUAGCUCUUGCUUCAGAUCUCGCAUCUUCACACAAGACCAGAUAAAAAGCGGAUAGAUAAUGGUGGCUGACCCACAGCUUGGUGGUAUCCAGUUGAGGCAUCUUCCAGGGCUAGCACAUCAGGCCUCUAGGGUUGACGGGGGUGACUGGCAUGGCCUGCUCCACGGACUAACCUUCCUUAACAGUGUAAUUUAUCAGGUUCGGUCCAAAUAGCUUGCAGUUAAAUAUGCCCUAUUUAGAUGCUGGGUGUCUAUGCCUUAUAAUUUCUUAUUGUGUUUUUUAUUCUCUUUCUGUUUUUGAGUACUUACAGUGGGCAUCUAGUCUUACUCUCCACCUCAAUGUAAUAUACUCUGUGUUUAGCAAGACUGUACAGAGGGUGUUAAUUUAAUCACUGUGAUUAAAUAUGAAGACACGUUUGAUGCUUGACUAUAUUAUCAUCAUACCUUGUGCUACUAUCUCACAUGCCAUGCUUAGGUCAUACUAUGUUCUAUCUGACUGCGCUUAUUUAUGCUGUUGUGGUUACGCAGGCAAUCUUGUACAUUUCUGGGCAAGAAAAAUAAAGAAUUUUAAAAAACUAAAAAAUGCUUGAUAGUAUUGCUGUUGAUCAUAUUUCUCACUGACUGUCUUUUGUUCAUCUAGAUCCUCAUAUCAGCAGACGAUGAAAUGGAAGAGUCUGAGGGUGAGGAAGAUCUACGCAGACUGACCAACUCCAAGACGGUCAAGAAAAAGAAGCAUCGAUUUGGCCUGCCUGUAUGAUACUCCUUUUAGUCCUAGCAUGACAUGGCCUGCAGGCAGAACGGAGUCCACCAUGUUGGCACAGGAACUCUUUCAGCCACUACCUCUACUGUCCAAAUGACUUAAAGAGGGUUGAUCGGAGGGGGCUUGCAGCAAUCUCACUAACCCCUUAUCACAAUUUCCUAGAGUGUUGGGAUGUUAUGGAAGGGGCACAAGAGACUUCAGUUGCACUACUGGCUGCUGCCCAUGCACAUUACCCAAUGCAGGCAUUAUAAGCAAUAAAAGCUGUUGUCUGCUGGUUUUUGGAUUGGGGAAAAGACAGACAAUACUAAAGGUUAACCCUGCACACACUGAUGAUUCAUUCCAAUGAUAUUUCCUCAAUAAUAGUACACAUGGAACUGGGUGACCGAUUCUGACUGUGCCUCCUUCUACUAAAGGUGUCUUCUAAAAUUUUUUUUUUUUUUUUUACUAAAUAAGGUUUUAUGUUACAAAUGGCCAAACUGCCAGAGUCUGCUGUAGUUGUCCACCCUGGAGGGCGCACUCACUGUUUCAGCAUUUGCCGAUAUUGGCUCUGAAAACACUGCUGCUGAUACCAUCAAACAUAUAUUUGCUCCCCCGUUUAAACCGUUCUAUCCAAUCUGUCUUCAGUUGCAUCAAAUAUAUCUUGGGAGACAUUGCAGGAAAACUGGACUUCCCUAUCUGAGUUCAUCAUAUCAUUAUUUUUCUAAGCAGUUUGUUUUCAGAUUACCUACAAUGUCAUCUUUGAACUAUACUUAGUUUUUUGGGUUUUUUCUGUGAGGUUGUUCCCAGGUGAUACCUUUAAAGCACCUACCUCACACCUUAUUCUGUUACAACAUAAAGGGAUAUUAUGUGGAGCUAAUUGGCAUUGUGUAGAUUGUAGUGUAUGUUGUCCUUUUUGGAGAGCAUGCAAUAUGAAACAUGACAACAAUCAUUGCCGUUUUCCAUUGAUUAGCAGAGUCUAAGUGUUUUGCAUCUUUCAUAAAUUUACUAGUGGUCUGUAGGACCGAAGACAUUUUUUUUCUGGCAAGGAAAAUAUCUUAUAGGCUGUAGCUCCAACACAGUGUUGGAACUAUUGUUUGUAUCAAAAACCCUUUGAGUACGUGGAGAAUAGUGGAUGUGGUAGACCCUCCCUGACACAUCUUUGGGGUCACAUUUGCAACAUUUAGAACAUGUUUUUCCAGUGUUUAGAAUUAAGAUUACUAACUUCUGUUCCUCUAGGGAUCACAAAUAUAUACUAUUGAUGGUUCUUGAUCUACCAUUUAAACAUCACCCAUUAUCCGACUCAUUCUAGAGCAGUGCUUCUUAACCUGAUUUGUCAAGGACCCAAAAUACAUUGCAUCUUAUUCUAGAACCAUUAUUUUAUUUAAAAAUAGUCUGGAAGGCAACACUGCUAUGAUAAACCAUUUAUUGUGAGCAGUGUCAGAUCUUUGCCUAAUAAAUUAGAUAAACCUGCCACUGGGGACAAUCUGAAAUAGCAUGGAGAUCCCCUUUGAGGUCCAGACACAAGGCUUAAGAAUCAGUGUUUUAAAGCAGUGUGAAAUGGAGGAGGGGGGGUGGGAGGGUAGGAGUGGGCUUCUUGUAGUUCAUUAUUUGCCAUUUGUUUUUAAGGAUAAAGUUGAAUAUGCUUGUAACCCUUCCACUACUAGCGUGGUCUGCAGUAUCUAUAUAUAACACUUUCCCCAGAUCAUGCUUUAGGGAAGACUCUGCCUUAACAUAUUAUUUUAUUGCUCAUUACAAUAGCUGUGAGGUUAAAUCAUUCCUUUGCACCUUUUGCUCCCAGAGGUACAUGUGACUUAUGGCUGUGCAGUUUAUUGCAAUUUCCACUGGUGACUGAGGUGUUAAAUAGUUUUUUUUUUUUUCCUUAGGUCUAUUUUUUUGUAAUUUAUAUUUUCUUAACAGUUUUAAAAAUGUCUGCUGCAAGGUUAAAGAAAUAUAUAAAAUGAAAAUGUGUUUUUUGUCUCUGUGUUAAAGGACAUAUUUUCCUAUUUUGGAGAUGCAAAACUGAUAUGUGUUUUAUUUUGUUUAUUUGGUAUUUAAUAUACCUUUUGUGACAAAGUUAAAGAGAUCAAAAUACACAUGGGGGAUAUUCUGUGCUAGACCCUAAUGUAGAAUGUCCGAUAUCUCAAUUUUUCAGGGACUUUUAAAUCCCACCUGACCUGCCAUAGUGGCUUACAGUUUAUAAUUAUAUGACAUUUUGUAGGUCACUUGGGGUGGGGGGAGGUCAAGUGGUUAGUGUUGAGUGGAAUGUGUUACAAUGUUAAGUGCUUUCCCCUUUAUACAGCAUUGGUGUAUGCCCAAUAUAUGCACUUUUUAAUGGUAAAUGAAUGGGAUCAGCAGCUGUUAACUGUUUUGGUCUCCUCCAUAAAUACAAUGUUUCAAAACUUGGUGGUUAUGUUUAGUCUGUGUAAUAACAUUUCCUUUUUUUGUGCAGUUACACCUGGUGUGGGAUACUACCUCAAACAUAUUGCAUUAACUUUUUUUAAAAAUAACAUCCCAUAAAGAAAUAAAUUGCUUUGCUGUUUUUACAAUACAGCUAGACUAGGAGAAAAAAAAUCCACAUCUUAAAUAAAUUGACUUCAUUAAAAUGCCAUAUUAAUUACUCAUCUCUCGCAAUUACCAGUAAUUGGGUUGAAAGCAGGAGCACAUACAUAUGCAUUCAGCAAUGACACUUCACGCACAGGCAGCCAAUGAGCUGCCUUCAUUCACUGCUUCGAUUCACUAGAAUUGGGCAUUUAAAAUUCAAAAUAUGAAACAAUUGAAUACUUAGCACAAUAUGGAACUCUG